CCACAAAACAAGCCGGAACGCGUAAUGCGGCCCGGUCUCCCUUAGCAACCGCGAACAGCGUCUCAAGAUGGCGUCCCUCUUACCAGAAAUCCUGUUCGAGAGCAGCGAGCAGGCUCCUUCCCCGAGCAAGGACUUCCACCAGAUCCUCGUAACCCGCACUGAGGUAACGGGGGAGAACCUUCUCCACAAACGGGGAGAGGAGAAAGGAAAGCUGCCCUCUGAGUACCCGCACAAUGGAGCUGGUCGCUGUCUGCAGCUGGGGACUACAUUUCCUUCUCUGGAAGCUGUUUGAACCUGCAGUUUGAGCAGGCAUCAUGGGAAAUGUAGUCCACAACAACUGCAGUGGCAGAGGGGAAAGGGGGGGGGGGACAUUCUAGGCUUGGGUUAAUUCUGCUCUCCAGAAAUUAUUAUUUUUUUUUUAUCAAUGUGUUAAUGUGGAAUAAUUGUGUGGAUACUCUCCAAAAAAAAAAUAAUAAAAAAAAAUUGAGAUUAAUAUUAUUAUAAAAUAAACAAGAUUAUUACCUUCUAACAUUUCCCAGUCAGCCGUGCGCAUGGCAUUGUCUGAAAUGGCAGUGCUGUGACGUCCGUGGAGUAUGAAGGUUGUUUGGCGCCAGAAGUGAAAUUAACCCCUUAAGGACCAAACCUCUGGAAUAAAAGGGACAUCAUGUGUCCUUAAGGGAUUAUUAAACUACCAAAGCCGGUUAUUAGUAGCCGCCUGUCAUAGACAAGGCGACUGCACGAGCCAUUUCUUAGCAAGCCAUUUCAAAGAGUCUUAUGAAAGCCCUAGUCACAUAGGAAUUUUAGGGAGUACACAUAUCCAUAAGAUCUUGCACAAAUCAGUGGAGAUUGUACAUUCCCUAUGAUUUAAAGGAAAACAAUUGUUCAAAAAAGCAUAUACUAACUGCAACAACAACAAAAAAAAACCCAACAACUGAAUUUACUUAAAUAUGCGCAAAUGUUUCCGUAGCCUUAAGAAUUGGCGUGUGCCGCUAAUGAAGAUGGAUCGGUUUUUGCCAAGAACUUAUUUCUUUCUUGGUGCUGCAUAUUGUUUAAUCUCCAGUCCAAAACUUCUCUGAGAUUUGCGAUAUAUUUUUUUUUUUUUUUUUUUUUAUUGAGAUCCAAAAUAUUUUAGUGCUGUUUUGUAAGUAUUCACACUUGUGUCCGUUACAAUUGUGACUACUAAAAAACAAAAAAACAAAACAGCUAGUAUGGAAAAAAUAUUAUUUGUAAUAAACUGAUUGCUAGCCAGAAAGAGAGUAUUCCAGUUGGCUGGUUAUCAGCCCAGUGAGGCAGUCUUGACCCAAAAAUAUAUUUUUAAAAAUGGUUACAGAGGUAGGGUUGUUGUGGAUCAAACCAAGGGUUUGUUUAUUUGAGUAUCUGCUCCCUUCCAAAUUGUUAAAAUAAAUGCGUGCACGCUCUGAAGUAAAUCACACCGAGACACAGGUAUCAGGUUAAGGAAAGACUUCGGAAUGUUUAAUUACGGGGGGCGGAAAGCCCCUUAUAAAGGUAAAAAUACAUCAUAUGCAAACAUGUUAAUAACAGAAAGAAUACAUCUUUAAUUGGUUAGGUGUUAAGUGUCUUAUCUAGUGCACAUCCUACGAGGCGUGAUGUCAUCAUCAUCCUGGGAUUUUACUCCGGAUGUAGGCGCCAUCUUGUUACACGAGGUAGUUAGUUGGUGGGAGGGGAUGCAGCCAUUUUGAGUAAAUAUUGAAUACUGGUAUACACCGUAAAUAGACAUUUUACUAUCACUAAUUUACUUCCAUAACAGUCCCCCCUUAAAAUGACUAUUUACUAACACGCUACAAAAACUACUGAACAUCUAAAUCUGUCCCUAAGAGGCUGCAGCACAUCUGUCUAACAAGCCUUGCAACUCUUUUGAUGCUCCGCAUAAGACGGGCAGUGGCUUGUCCACUACCCCUCUCGCUACAGACUUUGCCCGUAAAGACAGACACUAUCCGUACUAUCCCUAAAAAGAAGUAGCUUUGUGAUUGGUGUGAAUGGACUGCAACGGAGAAUGAGGUCAGUCAUAGUCUUCGCCAUCUAUUUGUCUUGGUGAAUGAAAGUCGGGGUGGUCUGACCUGCAGUCUUCUGUUGGCACUUUUUAAAACAAGGUAACACGCAACAGACAAUGAGAACAAGGAUAACCAACAUUAUCAAGACAGCCACGCCUACCUGGGCCAGAACUUUCUGCCAACUAUUCAUCCAACCAAACCAUCGUUCCCAUGGAUCUGUGACCCCAGAAUUCCUUUUCAGCUCUUCAGAGAGAUUCUCUAGCUUCUCUAUUGCCAUUAGGGCCAGUAUUAUCUGGGAUGAAGGUACAACAGGUCAUGGUGUCAGGGAGUAUUUUACAUAUUCCCCUUUCUCUGCCAGAAUCAUAUUUAGGGCCAUCCUAUUCUGGAAGGUCAACAGGGAAUUAGCUUGUAAUUGCUCAGCCAGCCCUUGAAGGGCAUCUCUUGUGUAAUUAACAAACCGCUGUUGAUUAUAAUAGAUAUAAUAAAUCGGGAUGUGAUGAUCGGGAGAAUGGAUUCGAACCCUGCUGCAACUUCGUCUCUUGCCUUGAAUUUGUUCGGUACCCCCCUUGGCACCCCUAUGGCAUCUAUAUAUACAUGGGGGUCAAAACUGCCCUUUACAGGGGUGCUCCUUUUGAUUCUGAAAUAUGAAUGUGGCGUGUCAGGAGUACCUUGGUGGUUGUCAGAUAUUAUGUGUAUCGGCAUAAUAACCUUGGCUAGGGUACACUCCCCCCCACCAUACAUCUUCUAACAUUGACCUAAGUUGCAUAUACCCACACAGCCAUACAAGGACCUAACAUGUUUCUGUAGCAAGGCAAGCGGGACUGUUCUAUAUGUGACACAAUAUCCAUGAGUUAAAUUACCCAGAAAUCUGCCCAUCCCAUUGUAAAUACCAAAUAGGUGUAGUUUCCUGGAUAUACAGUUAUGCCCUCGGCUGGCUUAACAUUCUUGGUGAUCAUAGGAUAUUCCUUCUUCCAUAACUCACACACUGACCAAUUAGUUUUAAAAUAGGCAUAGAGGAUUAGAAAACAUGUCUCUACGUCGGGGGGUAAAUUUAGGGGUAUAGUGCCUAGAUGAGUUCAGGCUCCUCCACAGACAUAGCAGUUAGAUCUAUUAUGUUUGUUAGCAUUAUAUCUUAUCCAUUCAAGCCAUAGGUUAGUAUCCAAGAAUCCCGUCUCUACAGCCAUAGAAUCUUCGAAUAUGGGGUUUGCUAUGGCUACCAUGUACUUAAAAGUCUUAAUGUGGGGUUUAAGAGGGUUGACAGUCAUAUGUCGGGAAUCUAUCCACUCAGGUGAGAGAUACAUGUGUUGUAGGUAGAAGGUUCCCUGUUUAUUAUAGGAUCCUCACCCUCCAAUACAUUCCCAUUACAUAUUCUCCAUCAUCCCUGGGACUGGGGUGUUCUAUAUUUAGGGUGAGUUUCAUUGGGGUCGCCCCCACCUGACUGCCGUAAAGUCAUUCUAUGCAAUAAGGAUUCCCCGUUCUUGUCCACCCUAUCUAGGGCACUUUGUGGUUUGUAGCCCCAUGUUAGCCCUGUAUUCCAACCCGCAGCCCUCCAGGAACUGCAGUCAUUUCCCCAAUAGUCGUCUGUCACACAUACGUAAGGGUCUUUUAUGGUGGGUAUGUCUUUGUAUACUGUUGAGAGCAAUGACUGUGGGAAUGAACAACUGACAAUGUCACAAUAGUCAAAUGUAAAGGUGGCCACAUGUGUGUUAGAUGAGUUGUACCAAAAUGUAUAAACAUGAUUAUCUUUAGUAAUGGCAACUUGUUGGGCCCCUGUCAGGCCUCGCAGGAGAAAGGCAUGUAGGAGAUUCAUGACUUAGGACAGUCCACUUCCUCUUGCAGUGGGAGGCGUCUAUCCAAGUGCUCUUUCCGGCCAACUUACAGAAGUAGCUGUGGCUAAAAGGACUUGGAAGGGACCAUCAUAUCUUGGCUCAAGAGUGGUCUUCCUCACAAAUUUCUUAGCCAGAACCCAAUCACCAGGAAGCAGUCGGUGGGUGCCUGUAUCAGACUCUGGAUCUGGAAUGGAAGAGAACACUUGUGCAUGGAUUUUGGUCAAUGCUCGGGAAAGGGCAGUUACAUAAUCAACCAAUAUGUCAGACUGGAGCUGAAGCUGCUGGGGGAAAUAGCACCCAAGUCUAGGGGCUGAGCCAAACAUAAUUUCAUAAAGAGGUAGAGAGAACUUCCCUCUCGGUGUGUACCUUACACUAAACAGAGCUAUGGGGAGUCUCUCGGGCCAGGGCAGGUUAGUUUCUUGGGCCAUCUUAAGCAUUCUGGCUUUUAGGCCAUUCAUGCUUCUACCUUGCCACUACUCUGUGGGUGAUAGGGUGUAUGGAAUGCAAGGGUCACCCCCCGUGCUGCCCAGACUUCUUUGGUUACUGAUGCAGUGAAGACCAGGCCUUGGUUGCUCUCUAUAACUUCUGGAACCCCGUAUCUGCUUACUACUUCAGUGAGCAGGCGUUUGGCGGUAGUCUUGGCUGUCAUGUUGAUGACUGGGUAGGCUUCUGGCCAUCCUGAGAACAUAUCCACUAUGACCAGUGCAUAUUCAUACCGGCCACUCUUUGGCAUUUGGAUGUGGUCAACUUGGAUUCUCUGGAAGGGGUAAUGGGGUUUGGCCAGAUGUUUAGGGGGGCUUUCUCCACCCUGCCUGGGUUGCAUUUGGCACAAAUAGUGCAGGAUCUGCAGUAACUGUCUGCCAGAGAGGUGAUCCCAGGUGUGUUGUAGUAUUUAUUAAUCAGGGAAUUCAUAAGGGUCUUGGACAAGUGUGCAGCCCCGUGGGCCCACUGGACCAUUGCUGAGUACAUGCUUCUGGGUAAACAGAACUUGAGAUUGUUGGAGUACAGCCCAUCUUUAAGGGUUGCCCCUUUCUGUUUCCAGCUUUGUCUUUCUUCAGGAUCAGCAGCUGCUUGUUGUUCCUUCAGGAGCUUGAGGUCUGUAGGUAAGGUCAGCAUGGUGAGUAUGGGCAUGGGAGUCUCUUCAGCGGACACUCUUCUGUUUGGCAGCAUCAUCAGCUAUGUAGUUGCCUUGUGCUUCCCACGAGUUCAGUCUUCCAUCAGUCUUUACCUUCAGUAUUGCCAAUUCUUCAGGGAGGAGUUAGGGCGUCCAUCAGCUCCUUGAUAGCCGUGCUGUGCUUGACUAGUGUGCCAGUUGCUGUGAGGAAUCCCCUCAUCUUCCAGAUUAGUCCGAAGUCAUGUGCCACGCCUAGUGCGUAUCUUGAGUCAGUGUAGAUAUUGGCGCGCUUUCCCUCAGCGAUCCUGCAUGCUGUGGUGAGAGCUUGUAGCUCAGCUUCUUGAGCUGACAUGGAUGAGGGAAGUGGGGAUGCUUGGAGCACUGUGUCCACUGUAGUGACGGCAAAUCCAGUGUGAUAUCUUCCUUGUUUAUCAGCAUAUCUGGACCCAGAUCAGUGAGGUCAGGUUCUAGUAGGGCAGUUUCAUGCAACGUUGGGAGAUACGUUGUUUCCAUUUUAAUCAUGAGGUGCAUAUGGAUCCUGGUCCUGGUCUGUGGGAGGGGAGUCAGUGCAUAUUUCUGUGUGGAAUCGAGGGUAGCCAGUUGCUUUGAGGUUCACAGUUCACUUGGUGACACCCUCUUCAGAGAGCUGGGUUUGGUCUGCGGUGCUCCAUGAUUUAGCCAAUGGGUUAAGUUCCUUCCAUGAAAUCUGUGGGGACUUGGAGAAAGCCAUGUGAGGGACGGCCACACCCCAGUGGUGGUAUAAUUGGCCUAUCUCCAUAGGCAGGAGAAUUGUGGCUAGACAAUUGCCAUUGGAGUCACAGAACAGAUCAGUUAUGGUAAGGCGUACCUCCACCAGCUGGAACAGUUCUUCUUCAUAAUGGGGUUCAGGUCCUAGGGUUUUUUUGAACCACAAGGUGCAAUGGGGGAAAGGCUGGGUAUCAUGGGGGACAGGGCUGUCGAGACUGUGCCAGUAGUAGGGAAUUCCCCCCCCCUGGGAAAUGGCAGAAGAGUGGCCGGGUUGAGGAAGUAGCAUCUCUGCAAGGAUACAUUAUCUGGCAGCAGAAAGGAGCAUUGUAAGCGGAGAUGGCGGGCAGCCGAGAGAUACUUGGGCUGUACCUGGUUGAGGAUGGUGGCAAUGUCAUGGGGAGCAAGAAUGGUGAGUUUAUGCCCAAGGAUCAAAUCACUUGUCUUGUCAAUGAGGGCUUGUGCUGCGAAGACUGCUCAAAGACAGGAGGGACCCACUGUUGCCACGGGGUCCAGCUGGCAGGAGUAGUAGCCAAUCGGGCGUUGGCGGGAGCCAUGAGACUGAUUGAGGACUCCUGAGGCAUGACCCAACCUCCUCAGACACGAACAACUUGAAGGGUUAACUAUAAUCUGGAAGGCCCAGGGUGGGCGAAGUAGAGAUGGCACAUUGCAAAGCAAAGAAGCUGGACAAGGCUUCAGGGGAUAGAGAAAAUGGUUCAGUCUUUAGGGCAUCAUAGAGUGGCUGCAUCAGGGUGGAGGCCUCUGGAAUCCAGGCCCUGCAGUAAGAGAUGAGGCUCAGGAAGGCAUGAAGGGGCUUAUGGGCUGUGGGUGGGCAGAUAGCUAAGAUACCCCACACCCGGUCCCGAGUGAGGAGACGGGUGCCAUGGGAAAGACAGUGUCCCAAGAAGACCACGGAGGGCCGGCACCACUGCAGCUUCUUCUUGGUGGCCUUGCAUCCUUGUACAGCAAGGUAACAAAGUAGACCUUCUGAAGUACGUUCAGCCGUGGGGAGGUCGUCCACAUAUUGGAGGAGGACCACAUCAGUGUGAGUCUUUUGUCAUGAGUCCAGAAUGGAAGCCAUAGCUUUAGCAAACUGACUUGGUGAGUUUUGAGCUUCUUGAGGCAUGACAGUCCAGGUGAAUUGCUGACGGUCAUGAGUGAAAGCAAAAGGAUAUUGACAGGAAGAGUGUAGAGGAACACUGAAGAAGGCAUUAGCCAAAUCCACCACUGUAAAAUAUUUUGCCGUAGGUGGGACUCCUGACAGGAGAGUAUGAGGAUUGGGUACAAUAAGGGUGUCCAGAACGGUUGCAUCGUUGAUAGCUCUGAGGUCUUGGACUAUCCUAUACUUUUCUGGCUCACCCUUUUCAGUCUUUUUCUUCACGGGGAAUAAGGGAGUGUUGCAGGGAGAUUCACAUUUGACCAGGGCACCUUUUGAUAACAGACUUUCAACUUGUUUGGAGAUAGCAAGGGCCUGGGCAGGCCUCAGAGUAUAUUGUGGUUUACAGGGUGGAUUGACACCUUAGUUUUAAAGUAAUUUCACCACGACGGGCGGGACUUGGAGGCGUCCAAUGUCAUCUGGGCCGGUGGACCACAACUUGGUAGGUAUUCUGUCAAAGGCACUGUGGGGAUCAUCCAGGACCCUUGCAUCCCUUUUAGGAGACUCCAUGUGGAGCAGGAGGGGUAUGGAGCAGAGGGCUGAAGUUUCAGUAGUGGACAGGGGGGAGGACAAUUGUAUCUGGCCGUCUGGGGUAAAAGAGAUAGAGGCUUGGAGACAGGAGAGGACAUCUGCUCCUAACAGGUUAAUUGGGCAGGUAGAGGAAACCACAAACCAGGCCAUCUACACCUAUGCAUGAAACAUCAAUAUUGGACAGGAAAGAGGAGUCAGGCAGGUCUUGUUCUUUAAGAACACUUUGGGCCGCGCCCGUGUCAACUAGAAAAGUGGUUAGGUGGCCUUCCACAGGCAGGACCACCGUGGCUAGGGGCCAGGCCCGGACUGGCCAUCGGGCAUACCGGGCAAAUGCCCGGUGGGCCGCGAUGGCCGUGGGGCUGAGGCCGGCAGGGAGAUCACAGGAUCUCCCCGGCCGGCCCUUGCAGGGCCAGCACUACCCGAGCGCCGGCCCCGCUGUGUGCCUCCAUGGGCCGGUGGGGAGAUCACAGAUCUCCCUCACCGGCCCACAGGCACUGUUACAGGCAGCCGCAGGCUGGGUGAGGGAGGGAGGGAGGCAGGAGAGAGGACCCGGCGGAGCUCUAACAAGCAGCUCCGCCCGGUCCUCUCGCGGCAACGCUCAGAUCUCGCGAGAGUGAACUCUAACCCGCAGGUUAGACCACCAGGGAAGGCAGCAUGGUCCCCCUCCUCCACGCAGAACGGAUCUCCCCCCCCUCCCAGGCUAAAGGUAAGAAGGGAGGGGGGUGGGGACAUAACUUUUUUUUUUUUUAAUUAUUAAUAAUUAUUAAUUAUAAUAAUAUUAUAAUUAUUAAUAAAAUAAAAAAAAUAUUUUAAAAAUAAUUUCCCUAACAGCCCCCACAGACACACACAGCACCCCACAGACACACACAGCACCCCACAGACACACACAGCACCCCACAGACACACACAGCUCCCCACAGACACACACAGCUCCCCACAGACACACACAGCUCCCCACAGACACACACAGCGCACCCACAGACACACACAACACCCUACCCAGAGACAGACACACAGCUACCCAGAGACACACACACAGCUACCCAGAGACACACACACAGCUACCCAGAGACACACACACAGCUACCCACAGACACACACACAGCACCCCACAGACACACACACAGCACCCCACAGACACACACAGCGCACCCCCAGACACCCACACAGCACCCCACAGACACACACAGCGCACCCCCAUACACACACAGAGCACACCCAGACACACACAGGACCCUCACUCCCACACAUAUACAGCACAUAUAUAUUAUAUAAAAUAACCCUCAGUGAGUUAACAGACAAAUAAAAUUAGAAACCCAGAAUGUGACGGCAGAUAAAAACACCCUUACACACAGCACCCCUCUUACACAAACACGCUGCGCACCUCACACAUACAAUACGUCCAAAUAUAUUUUAUAUAUAUAUAUAUAUAUAUAUAUAUAUAUAUAUAUAUAUAUACAUACAAAAAUCAAAACUGGGGAUGCACUCACAGGACUUGCUUAAAGUGAAAAAAAGGGACUUUUAAUUAUUCCAUGUGAAAUGUACAGAAAAAUCAAUUUUCCAUUCACAUGGAAUAAUUAAAAGUCCCUUUUUUUCACUUUAACCAAGUCCUGUGAGUGCAUCCUCAGUUUUGAUUUUUGUAUAUUUCUGACGUUUGGGAUAUAGCACCCAGGCUAUUAGUUCUUUCUUAUUACUUAAAGGAGAGUGCCAAGCAUCCUGUUUUUUUGAGAUUAUAUAUAUAUAUAUAUAUAUAUAUAUACACACACACACACACACUACAGCACCCCUCACACUGCACCACUACACACAUUACGCUCCAGAUACACGCUAGAUCCCUUACCCUAUAUGCACUCUUAAUCCUCUACACACACACACACACAAUCUUCUAUACACACUCUGGGUCCUUUACACACUAGAUCUCUUACACACACACACUGCACCACCUACACACACACACUACAUUUCUUGUAAGCAAACACAUACAACAUUCUCUAAACACACCCUCUCUACACACAGUAGUGUGUGUGUAUAAGUGACACACACUACGUCACCUAUACACACAUACUACUGCCCGUAUGCACACACUCGCUACAUCCCCUAUAACACUAUGCCCCUAUACACGAACUCUGUACAGCCCCUAGCCACACAUAUUACACCACAAAAUUGACCUAUUUACACAAUACCACACCACACUCUACACACAGGCAAUCCCACAAGCAUGCGCCAAACACAUGCACCAUACACUUUCCUGGCCCUUUUGUACUCUGGUAUCCCACUUGUGGAGACACCAUAGACAAUUUAAAAGCAAACACAGCGCAAGCAUGUUAUUACAUUUGCUUGUGCUGCGCAGAACAAAUACAGGGCCUUUUUCUAAUGCUAGAGCUCUUCAGCGGGGCUCUGCGCAUUGAACCAACAUGCUCACUUUCUCUGGCACCGCCCCCUUUUUGGGGAGCCGCUCUAAUUGAAAAAUGCCCGGGCCUAAUUUUUUUCCCAGUCCGGCCCUGCUAGGGGCCCUCCCUUAUCCCCUGUAGACACUGCCAUGACAGGGGUGGGUGACACAGGUUUGCCAGUUACCUAUUGUACAAGAUCAAGAUCAGCACAGUCUGGGCCAGUGUAAGGGUGGUUGGCUGAUGCAGGGGGAGGAGGUGGGUAUUGGACAGCAGGCUGGCUGGCUGAGGAAGGGGAAUAACCGGCAAUGGGGUAACUGACAGCGGGGUGAGGAGCUACAGGGUAACUGGGAGCUGAGAACUGGGAAUAACCUGCUGCGGGGUGGGGCUGCCUCACAUCCUGCAUGAACUGUCUGGGGCCCCUAGGAGCAGGACAGUCUCUCCUGAAAUGUCCAGAUUGACCAAAGUUAUAACACCCUCUUUGUAGUUGUUGUUGCAUAGGAGGCUGACCUAUAGGAUGGUUGUGACGAGAGCAAUCUCGCCACAUUGCAUUGGAGAAGCCUGGUUGCUCGCCUGUUGCCUCUGGACUAUGGCCCCAUGAUAAAACGCUUGAUUUUCCCCUGCGGAGACACGAAAGCCGGGUCAUUCGGUGCUGGCCCUGUUUGAGCGGUGAUACCCCAGAUAGCUAUGCCAUGGAGCCCAUUCGUAUAAUGAAAGACUAUGGGAAAGACUUUGGCUCCAUGGCAAUUGUGUGUGCUCUGAGCGCCAUUCAGUAAUAAUGUGCGCUCAGAUCUGAGCUAUCUGGGGAUAUGUUGAAUGUACCUGUUUUGUGCAAUGGCUGCACAGUUAUAUGUUUUUAUGUGUUUUAUUGUCUUUUGCUGCCAUGUGUUCAAUGGAGUUUUGCCUCUGUCCUUGGAGAUAAUUGGAUUACUUCCCAAUUAUCUCAAGGAUAGAAGACUCUGUGGAACUGGUUUUGGGCAGAAAAGCCAUGCUUCCUUUGGUCACAAAGGACUACGAUCUAUCUUUUGAACCACUGGACCAAUUUAGAUGAUUUUGACAUAUGUUUGUAUUUGGAGUAUGCUGAUUCUGAAAAUAAGUGUUUAUGUGAAUGUGAUGCAUACUUUUCAAGUUAUGAAUAAUGUGGAAAAAUUGUAUAUCUCUGCUUUUAAUAAUUACAUUACCCAUUGUGUAAGGUAAUUGUAUCACAGGCAGAGGGGAGGAUUUUGUGUGGGAGUGUCUGAGUGUAUUGUAUGUGUUUAUUGGUUGUGUUCCAAAACCCUGUGGGUGGUACUAACGUGCAUAUAAGAACAAUAACCCCACAGCUCUGUCUGUUCACUGCUUGACCCUCAACACAGAGCUUUGUCUCGUUCUUGGGGGGAUUUAUUGUAUGCUGUUCCAGUUCGACUGCUAGGAGUGUAAACCUAUUCGUAUGGUUUUUCCUAUUCGGCUGUUUACGGCAUUCAUAUGGUUUCCUGUUCGGCGGAUUGGUGUUCUGCAGUAGCUGUGCCUGUGUCUCUGGAUGGGAAGAUCUACUAAACUGCGGUUUAACCCUUUUAUGCUGAGGGUGCAGUUAUAAUGGUAUAAGGCCUGGCUCACAGGGAGGCCUGAAGGUUGGUGUGGGUGUACAGGGUGGGAGAACAUGAGAGGGGCUGGAGGUAGUUGGGAGGACUCUAAUAAGCCCUUUGCAACUAGCAUGAUGGUAUCCAGAGGAAUAAUUCUGUAUUCAGGGUGGGACAGAAUUAGGCCUUUGCGAAGAGAUUCCUAAAGGCCUGCCACAAAGGCUGCAGAUGGCAUUUGGGUAUGGGCCUUGUUGUAUAAACUGAAAUCCAGAUCAGAAAAGAUUUGGGAGUGAUACUUCUCCACAGACUCUGUCUUAUCAUGGAUGACAUCGUUAAUACAGGUAGCCUGGUCAGCUAAUUUAUCUUGAGCCCACAGUUUAAGCUGUUCACAGAACUCAACACCGGAGGAGAAGUCAGACUCGUUAGUGAGUCGAGCAUUGGAGAAGCUUCUCUCCAUAAUGGGCCAAUAAGCAUCACCUGCUUUAAUUUCACAGAGGCUAAACAAAUCACACCAUGCUGUGGAAUAGGUCUUUCGGAUCUUGGCAAUUCUUCGGUAGAAGGGCAUGGGCUGUUUCUCUGGAUCUGGGAGAGAGCCCACCAGAGUGGCGGCCUGAGACUGGGUGAAUGAAACAUACCUCAAAGGGGCCCCAUCUGUAAGAAACCAGACUUUGGGGUUCUCGUCCUGGGGGACUCUGGGAUUCUCAAUGCAGGGCUGGGAAGAGACUUACUGGGGGCCGCUAUGUUAGGGGUGAGGACGGAAGUGAUAGGUUCGGGAGAGGAAGCAGUAAUAAAGGCGGAAGUGACAGGAGCAGGAAGCGAGGGUAGAGUAAGGGUGGAAGUGAAGGGAGCAGGCUCAGUUGGGGCGGAGAGGGAGGACGUAUCUGGGACGGGGGAAUAUAAAGAUCCAUCUGCCCUAAGGACGGGGAACACAGAGGUUGGGGCCAGGGGGGCGGUGACUGUUGACACAGGUAAUUGGGUGGAGGUAACGGGGACUGGGUCGACCUCCUUCCCUUCGUGCCAAGCGCCAUUAUAGGGCGGUGGCUGGCAUGGGAUUUCAACAAUACUUUCAGCAUUACAAUUACUUUCAUGGUAAACAUAUAAUUUCCUUCCCCCGACGUCUAUUUCUUCCUCUACCCACCCCUCCUGGUGAAUGGCUCUAGCAACCCUAAACCAGGCCUCCGCUAUCUGUACUAGGUUAUUGUCCUGCAAUAAUCCCUUUUAGCAGCUUGCGCCAGCCCUCCGGCUGUAACCGCCAGCUGGAAGACAUAGUAAUGCCGCAUAGCUUAGUUAGUUUCUUCACCUUCCCCACUGCACCUUCACCCUCCCUCUCUCUGACUAUGUCCAAGGCUAACCAGCUUUAAUGGGCUUUGCAUGCUCCUGUCCCAUCCUCUGUACUCAAGUCGUCACAAGAUAGAGACAUUCAUGGAAAGGAACGUCUACAGUGCUCAACUGCCACAAGAUAUUAAUCAGCGUGUGUCUUCCCAAAAUGUAGACUAGCAGGGCCGGCACUUCCUAUAAGGCGAACUAGGCAGUCGUCUAGGGCGCCAUAUAGGAGGGGGUGGCUGCCCCACUGCCUCACCUCCCCUUCCCUGUAGCGUGGCCGAGCUCCUCUCCGGUCCGCGACCCGGCCGGACUGACAGGAAGUGCACACUCAGUUGACACAGGCACUUCCUGUCAGUCCGGCCGGGUCGCGGACCGGAGAGGAGCUCGGCCACGCUACAGGGAAGGGGAGGUGAGAAGAAGAUUACAGGGAGGGAGGGAGUAGAAGAUUACAGGAGGGAGGGUAGAGAAAGAUUACAGGGAGGAGGGAGUGGAGAGAAAGAUGGGAGGGAGGGAGUGGAGAUGGGAGGGAGGGAGGAGGGAGUGGGAGAUGGGAGGGAGGGAGGAGGGAGGGAGGGGAGUGGAGAAGAUGGGAGAGGGAGGGAGAGGGGAGUGGAGAAGAUGGGAGGAGGGGAGGGUACUGGAGAAGAUGGGAGGGAGGGAGUGGAGAAGAUGGGAGGAGAGAGUGGAGAAGAUGGGAGGGAGAGAGGGGUAUAGAGGAGAAGAUGGGAGGAGGAGGGAGGGGAGUGGAAGAUGGGAGGAGAGGAGGGAGGGAGUAAGAGAUGGGAGAGAGGAGGAGGAGGGAGGGAGAGUGGAAAGAUGGGAGGGAGGAGGAAGGAGGAGUGGAGAUGGGAGAGGAGGGAGGAGUGGAGAAGAUGGGAGGGAGGAGGAAAGGGAGGGAGUGGAAAGAUUGGAGAGGGAGGGAGGAGUGGAAGGUGUGGAGGAGGGAGGAGGAGGAGGGAAGUGGGAGAAAAUUAAAAAGGCGAGGAGGAGUGGAGAUAAUUCACAGGGGAGGGGAGAAUAAUACAGAAGUGGAGAAAAGAAGAAGAAAGAUUAAAAGGAAAUAGAAAGAUUACAGGGACGGGGGAAGAAGAAGAGGAGAACACAGGGAGGGGGGAAUAAGAGGAUAACACGGGGGGAGAAGAAGAGGAGAACAAAGGGAGGGGGGAAUAAGAGGAGAACACGGGGGGAGAAGAAGAGGAGAACACGGGGGGAGAAGAAGAGGAGAACACGGGGGGAGAUGAGAACACAGGGAGGGGGGGAUUGAGGAGAACAUGGGGGAGGGAGAGACCACUAAAGGAGGGAGGGGGUGAGGAGAGACCGCUAAGGGAGGGGGGGAGAGGAGAGACCACUAAUGGAAAGGUGGGGCAGAGUAGAGCAGAGACCACUAAGGGAGGUGGGGGGGAGAGGAGAGACCACUAAGGGGCAGGGGAGAUCUCUACGGGAUGGAAGGGAGAGCUCUAUAGGACAGGGGGCAGGACAGGGAGCUCAUUCACACUACACACACACACACAAUGCAUCCCUAUACACACAGAAACACAACAUGCUUCCCUUACACACAGAGAAAUACACAAUGCAUCCAUUACACACACACACACACACAAUGCAACCCUUACACAUAAAGACAAUGCAUCCUUUGCACAUAUACACAGAAACACACAAUGCAUCCCUUACACACACUGCUUCUCUUACACACACAUAGAAACACAAUGCAUCACUUACACACACACUCAACGCACCCCUUACAGACACACACUGCAUCCCUUACAUACACAGAAACACACUUUGCAUCCCUUAUGCAUACAAACACAGAUUCACACAAUGUAUCCCUUACACACAAACACACUGCUUCCACUACACCAACUGGUAUCCCUAUACACUACAUUCCAUAAGCACACACAUUAGAUACUCUACAGCAACACAUCCCCUCACACUCCACUCCCUAUGAGCGAACUCAUGGGUGGAACAUGUAGGUGGCCUUAUGAGCAUACUCACCAUCAGGCCCUGGGGCCCAGACCUUGAGCUGUGCAAGGGGCCCCAAAAAAUGAAGCUGCUUCCUGUUCUCCCAGAACAUUGAAUUUUGUGACCACAGUUAAAAAAAGCCUCCAGAGAUCCUGUUCUACACCAGACCAGUGGAGCCAGACUGCAGCCAGAGCCCAUCACCAUCCUUAUCUGUUUGUAAGUUUGCAGCUUAAUGAAGUGGUUCUGGUGUCUAUAGUUUGUCCCUGCACGCUUUUUAAUGUAAACACACACUGAGUGCAGUACUGGCAUUAUUUCAUAUGGCAGAUCAUAUGGGUGGGGCACAAUAAAUGCAAACAAAACACAAAUCCCUUAAUAUAACUCAAAAACAAUGCCACGUGCCUUACUGUGUUAAAGCUAACAAUAAACCCCGGCCACGCGCUUACGACGGUGAAGCUAUGAAGUGCAAUUCCCCUACCACGCGCUUAUGGCGCUGUAGCGGUAAAGCUAUGAAGUGCAAUUCCUCUGCCACGCACUUACGGCGCUGUAGCAGUAAGGCUAUAAAAUGCAAUUCCCCUGCCACGCGCCUACGGCGCUGUAGCGGUAAAGCUAUAAAAUGCAAUUCCCCUGCCACACGCUUACGUCGCUGUAGCGGUACAGCUAUAAAAUCUGUGCAAAAUCCUUUCCCCUAAUGCAAAAGACAUUCACACCCAGGAGGCAGAUAGUAUAUUUAGAGGUAUUAUACAAAGGGACUCCGGGCAAGCUAUUUACCUGCCUUCUGUGCCCUCCAGCAGCCAACGGAGACAGGCCAAUCACAGGGACAGGAUAUAUAGACAAGGUGCUGCCGCAGUCAUUACCAUAUAUUCAGAGUUCAUCAGGCUCUCUCCUGUCACUGCCAGUCUGCCCCCGGUGUCUUCUAGGACAGCUGACCGGGAAGGGUCACAAACCCGGAGCCCCACGUUGAGCGCAAAAUGUUGUGGAUCAAACCAAGUGUUGUAGAUCAAACCAAGACACAGGUAUCAGGUUAAUGAAAGACUUUGGAAUGUUUAAUUAGGGGAGCGGCAAGCCCCUUAUAAAGGCAAAAAUACAUCAUAUGCAAAAAUGUAGAUAACAGAAAGAAUACAUCUUCAAUUGGUUAGGUGUUAAGUGUCUCAUCUAGUGCACAUCCCACGAGGCGUGAUGUAACCAUCAUCCCGGAAUUUUACUCCGGAUGUAGGUGCCUGUUGUUACAUGAGGUAGUUAGUCGGUGGGAGGGGGUGCUCUAGCAGCCAUUUUGAGUAAAUAUUGAAUACAGGUAUACACAGUAGAUGGACAUUUGACUAUCACUAAUUUACAUCCAUAACAGGGUCUCUUGUGUGUUUCUCACACGUUGGGGCUAAAAAGAAGCCCCUGCUGCAUUUUAACCAAUUAUUGGCAUAACAUUUGUAAAAGAAGGCAAUUUGGGCUAUUUAAUAAGAGGAAUAUUGAGUCUAAAACGGCACCGUCACUGACUCCCGAUGGUGAUAUCGCUGCUGGGGGUACGGUGGCUGUAGCGGCAUGCACAGGUGAGUUUAAUUUACCGAUACUUGUCACUCGCAAGCGACACCAUCGUCAUCUGAAUGGUCCUGGCGUUAGGAGCCAAAGUCACUUCUGUAAUCUCGUGCAUGUCUGUUUUUAUCCUCCAUAGAGAGAGCCAAUUCCCUGCUGACUGGAGAAUUGACACUUCUAGACAGCGGUAGCUACGCCCAGUGUUUAGAAAAGUCAGGCAUAGGGAAAAUACUGAGACAAAGUAGUCCCUAUCUUUUGACUCUUGGAAUUUCAGUGACAUUCCAAUACAGUCAGUCUGAGUAUUUCAUACAGAUUUUGAUAGUGCUGAAUUAACCUUCUCAUUACCAAUUUUUAUUAAGUUUAGCAAUACAUUUUUAGCUAGUGUGUCCUUCUACUUCAGAGAUCCCAGAGACCUCAAAAUUUUUGAGCAGUUUAACACUAAAGGUGUGUCUCUGGGCACCAACAACCUAGCCCCUACUGGAGAUGUGGCUAAGGCAGAGCUUACACACUUCCUUCUAGCAACGCCAGUUCAUACCAGCAAUGGGCGCUGUGAUAGGAUGAACGUGGUCAGCUGUCAUUCUCAGCCAAUCAGUCAUCGAUUGCUACUCCGGCUAAUGGUUAAUCAUUAGCCAAAGUAGUACAGAGGAGAUGGAUUGAUGGGGACUCUCUUUUAGCAUUAGCACAUUAAAAACAUUUUGACUCCAAAUGGAAAGGCAGUGCCUGGGGACUCCAGACACUAUAACCACUUCGAUAAAAUGGAGCAGUUACAGUAGAAGAAGCCUCCUCCUUACACCACAUGUCACGCUGAGGAAGUCUAUUGAAAAAUAAUUCCAAAGGGGGCGGGGCCUGACAGCCAAAAUGGCCGGACGUGCUCUCUAAGAGCUCUUACACCGGAGGGCACAAAAACGAUAAUCCUGGCAAGCCGAAUUAAGCCAACAGCCCACGGAGUCCAGAAACCGAUAUAGAACCACACGAGGAACAAAACGGUACAGGUCAUGCACCACAGCGACUCACGAGCACAUGUACCGGCCAUGCGGCCUAAACUGCAGCGGAGCCUGAAGCCUGGGGGAGGCGGCCGAUCGCCCGGCAAGGGACCUGCUUGCAAGCGAGAACUACAAGAUGCCCAGCUACCCCCCCCUCUGGACCGGCGGGGGAUAUCCCGGUCCUCGCUGGGGACGAUUACCCCCACAGCAAGACACGAACAAGCGACAACACAUGCGGGUAAACGGGACUGCCAAGGCCCAAACAAAAUGGCGCCACAGGCGCGACAAGCGACAAAAGGCUCCCCUACCAAACCACCUGGUCACACGCUGGACUUCUUUGAACGUCUCUGCACAAGCCUAUGGUAUGGGCUCCGCAAUAGGCGCCGGCUCUUCAAACAAGCGAGAAAAGAAGCGGCGGCAUGGAUUCGUCCUGCCACCCGACGCCUCUUGAGUGGUUGCCCGACCCGAGUCCCCAGAAGGGCCCUCAGACAGAGAAGAGGCGGGAGUUCGGAAGGGGGGAGAGAGGGGAACGGCUCCCUAGGCUCCAACAACAGUAACCACAUAUGGCAGCACAAAAUAGCCACACACACCCGACCAACUCACCGCCCAGCGGCAUCUGAAGUCUCUGACCACUGCAGCAUGUACCCACACUCCUGGACGCACGCUGAACACUCAUACCAAGCACCUAACACCCCGGGGGCGACCCGACGCCAGCAGCAAGGUACACCCAAAAGACCCCGUCAACUCCUGCACAUUCAUCGACCUCAAACGGAGAUCCAGGGGCACAGACAACGGGGAGCUGUGGGACCACAUCUUUCCCAAAGACUGGACCGUGACCUGCCCCUCACAGGCAUAGGCUAAGCUGAGCUGACAAGCGGAAUUCUUUGGGAAUUAUUAUUGACCAAAUAUGUUUUUCUUCAGAAUGCUGAUUUGAUUUUUAUUUUUUAUUUACUUUUUAUUUUUAUUUUUAGUUAUUGUUCUUUGCAUGUGAUUAUACCAGCAGUCCUGAUAGCUGAUAUAUCUCUUCUCCUUUUUCUUGACUCUCGAUUGAUAAUGCCUUUAUCUACCACUCCAAGGGGGCCCCCUAGGGUGAGCAAGUUGACAGCCCAGAAAUAAGCAAUACGUUAUCUCCAUAUCUUAAUAUGCUGUUUUAAUGGUUUAGCACCCCUUUACUGUGGUCAUCCCACUGCAGCUCCAGACUAGAGUGCAAUUUAAACCCAAGAGCAAGCAGCUCAGACCCAUUGUGAGACAGGGAAAAUACAGGGAGCAUAGUGGGGUAUUGGUCUACUUAAAUAAGCGUAUAUUGCAUAGCAUCCCAAAGUUCUAGCCAUAUACAAACCUAACCAAAAGUAUGCCACCUCACCAUAGUUCUAUUCGUCCCAUAGCACUCAAACCUAUACCAGUUCUAUUAACCCCUCGCAGUUGGUUUAGCCUGUCUUGAACCCUCGAAUAGUUGCCAAACAUUAUGUACCCAAAGUUAUGCAUGUCUAACAGUGAACGCUUCUAAAUAAGCUAUGAUUAACAGAUACUAUCUGCUACUAAUCUAUGUUAAACACGACUUCAUCUCCUAACUAAAAAUUGUGCAAGUACCAAUGUAUACUCCAUUGUUCUUGAUGUUUGCAAAGCAUGCGGAUUGCCUUUGGGGUACCCCGUGCACAUAUGUUAUUCCAAAUGCACUGCAAAAAUAAAGAAUUUAAAAAAAAAAAAAAAAAAUAAUUCCAAAGACCUCACAUGUGAGUGCAGAUUUGAAGUAACUUUCUACACCACAUUAGCUCAAUGUAAUGGUUAUUAUGCCUGCAGUAUGUGGCCACCAUUCUCAGGGUUUUAUGUCCAGGCCUCCCAACCAUCCCAAUUUUGUCUGGACAGUCAUGUCCCAACUUCAUUAGAAGCACUUGCGCUUUACUUCCCGCAGAGAGUACUGAAACAGUGCUCCCUGCAGAUUCUGCCCUCAGUGGGCGAGCCUGGAUAAAGGACAGGCUGCCUGGCAAACAUUUAUUUGGCAGAACCACUUUUGGGUCAAAACACCAUUUAUGUAGUGCCAGUGAUGUGAUCGCAUCAUUAGCCUACUCUAUUUCCCCCCUCCCAUCGGCACACCAAUUUGCAGGACACUGGAGUUAGGAGGUAUAUAUGUCACACAAGUUAGAAGGGGGUUAACAAACACCAUUGCUGUUCUUGACAACCUAAAAUUUGUAACUCUGCCGCAUUGAUAAUGCACAAUAAAAACUUCCAAAUAGUCAAUGUCAGUUUUAUCAAACAUGGGUAGUGGUUACUGGUGGGGAGUCCUGGAAUGGGGGAAAGAGUAUAGCUCAGUGCACUCUGCCAAUAGCUGCUAUCCAUUUUGGAUGAAAAACUGAUAACACAGAAUUGUAAAUUCCCCAUGAUCAGCUUGAUUGUAACGGAUGCCCUCUCUGGAUGUCAGGAAGAUCACCCGGUUUUUAUCAGACUGUUCCUAAACAGAUUGACAUAAAACGGCAGAUUGGCACUCUCUGAGACUAUUGGUUUCACAAGUCUUGGUUGUGUUGCUUAUAUAUACCCAGAAAUCUGGACUCACUCCAUUCUUAGCAGUUUUUAUCUGCUAUAUUAUCUGGUAUUUAAGGUGAUAGGUUAAUUUCUUUAUUUUGUGUUUCAUGAUAUUUUUUUUGUUUUUAUUUCUGUCUAAGGAAAAUUAAUAUAAAGUCUCUUGCCUUAUUUUCCUGUAUCUCCAGGUUAUUUUCAGAUGGUGGAAAAUAUCUCUCCGAAGUGAAUUUCGUAACACUAAACCUGGAGAACUUAAAGAAUCUCAUCUGGACUUUGUCGAUGAUACAACUUUACAGGGUAAGUAGGAAGAGCAUUCACUAUGCAGAGAUAUACGAGUCUCCACAAAGCUAACCCUCAGGUUACUUGUGCCCUGUGGGUUAAUGUAAGCCCUACUACCUUUCUUCUUUUUUUUUUUAUCAUUUCAUCACAAGCUCUGUGACAGAAUUGUUUAAUAUUGUAAAGUGUUGCGGAAUAAGAUAGCGCUAUGUAAAUGGCAAUACUAAUAAUAUAGAGACAAAUGAGAUCUGCAAUCUGUGACAGGGUCAAAAUGUUCACUUGACAACUGGCAUAUGUAGCAUACCAUUACUUAUGCUUUAACCCAGGGGUGCCCAAAAGGUAGUUCCUUAGUUGUUGUAGAACUAAAACUCCUAUGAUGCUUUGCUUGUAUUUAGAAUGCCUCUAGAAUGACAAAGCAUCAUGGAAGAUGUAGUUUUAAAACAUCUGGUAUCUACCCCUGCUUUAAACCAUAAUUACGUUAUUCUUAUAGUAAUUUACUGUAAGAAUAAAGGUUAUAAGGCAUUACAGUAUAGUUACUUUAAGUGCAUAGGUAACCCGCCUUCGAAAAAAGAGAAUAAUAUUUUCAAAUCCCAUAUUUACUGGUUGAUGAUGUUAUCCAAGCUUAAUUUUCUAUAAAGAACAGUUUGACACUGUGCAUGUUUUGGUCUGUCAGACAGUUCCAUAGAAACAGUAGGGGGCAACUGCACAGACAAUGGUACAAACAAUUAAACUUUUUCAAGAAAAUGUUUCCAGCUUGUUGUCCAUAUACUUUGCCACAAAGCUUCAGCCCCACCUUCACCACAGUCAAUAGCAAUUUAAUCCAUAAAACAAAUUGACCUUUUAGUCAGCCAAAAGAUAAUAUUGAUAGUUUGUUCACUGUAUUUGGGCAAGCAUGUUAAUUCCCCAACUUGGGCAGAAACACUGAAUGCAGUCCAAUAAAUACAUAAUAAAUGCUUCUUACAUGUCAUGUCACCCAUAGAAUUUGCCAAAGGAGAUAUGCAUGGCCGCGACCCUUAGAGGAAACAGUAGGUGUACCCCUUUCAGUGUCCAGGGGUCUGACCUUGCCUCUCUGCUAGAGGGGAUAACAAUGGUACAUGGGGUGUGUAAGGAGGCCUCUAGUGUAAGCAGAUUAGACUGUUCGUUUGUAAAACCUAAUUUUCUAGUGGAAUACAGGCCUGCAGCAACUUAUCUAUCUGUACCCAGGUUAUUUAGGUUUGGGUAUCCCACCACAGGUAAGUGCAUAAGUAGUUUAGAUUACUAAUUAUUAUAAAUAUGAGGCCUAUGAAACACUUCCAUUGAGGCUUUCUUAUAACAAAAGGGGGAGGCUACCGGUGAGCAUCUAGGUAAGUUUUAUAUGUCCAGUAUUGGAGCUGGAUAAAAGAGUAAUAAAGGGUUUGAGGUUUCUAAUGCUUGUUAAAUACUUGAACAACCCAAACCAGACUCUCUCCUUUUUGGUUGUUGAUCAUUAUUAUGUAAGAGGAGGGAAGUAAUGCUUUUGAGAGUGUCCAAUUCAGGUCAGGAUGGACCAAUAUGUAGUAAAAAAAAAAAAAAGAAGGGGGGUAUGUGGUAAAACUAGCCACUUCUUUGUACAAGAGACUGAGUUGGUUCGACUAUUUUUACUUCACGAACAGAAUAUGGACAUAUUGUUAAUCAGUCGAACCAACUACCGAACGGGGAGACCACCCAGUGUAGUCGUGUGUCUCCAGUUGAGGAUUGUAACACUUGAAAAAAACGCAAUGUUCUAAAUGGUCGGAUGGAUGGCCGCCGUUCGCGGCGGCCAUCUUUGCACACGAACUAAAAUCGGACACUCUACCUCACGAACACCGCUGUACUUCCAUCCUGUUCGUACAUGCCUUUCCUUUAGUCUAAGAAAAGCGGCAUUCGACUUAAUUGAACGAACGAACAUCAGACACACGACUACCCAGUUUAUGAACGUUUAGCUUUGUUAGUUUGUUCGUGAGAACUCCCAAAGAAGACCGGUCAAAGCAUUCAAUCGCAUGGAACUGUUUUGAGGCUUCACCUCGUGGCUGACCAGUCUAAAACUUCACUCGAAUGGCUUUCCUGUUCUACCGAACGGAUCUGAGCGGUAUUUUCACAGAUUGGGCGCUCAGAUCCCCGCUAUUCAUUGAAGUUCUGAGUAAUAUUAUGGGAGUUACAAUGUUUUAAAAUAUUGUUUAAUUUUCUUUAAUCUAAUUAAAGAAUUGUCCUGCGCAAUUAUCUUCCAAGUACAGAAAAGGAUCAUGGGAAAUGUGUCUUUGUUCCCUGUCCUCCACAAGGUCCACCAGGGGAAAACCACUGGAAUGUAAUUAAAGAAACCCCUUGCGUGGGGAAUUGUAUAAAAGCCAGCUUUGGCUCAAUAAAAAUCAGUUGACUCCAAAAGCUGUGUUUCGUCCAGUUGUUGGGGGAUGGGAUUGGAAUUGUCAAGCUACACUUUAUUUGAAUGCUGAUCAAGUCUACUAGCGGAGAUAUUGCUGUUAAUACGUCUACUCCCCUACAGGGUAAUAUCAGGGGAAUAUAGAGUUAAUUAUAGUUGAUAGAGCAACAUAGGAUAUGGAGCGUAUGAAUCCUAUGUAUUACACAUACUACGGCCAUACCAGUCUGAAAGUGCCUGAUCUCGUCAGAUCUCAGAAGACAUCCAGACUCGGGCCUGGUUAGUACGUAUAAUCAUUUGUUGCUUUUAUACUAGCAGCUUGUGUGCACUAUAACCAUUAUCCACAGUUAAUCAUUGUAUGUGGUAUUCAUAUGCUAUCAGCAGUAUCACCACUGCUAUCUUUAUACUGGCAACCUAGGCAUUUUUGACCAGUAACUAUAUAUAUUGUUACCAUCUAAUUAUUACUUGUAUCCCAUAUAUGUAAUACAUAGGAUUUAUACGCUCCAUAUCCUAUGUUGCUCUAUCAACUAUAAUUAACUCUAUAUUCCCCUGAUAUGAUUAGUUACUAUUAGACACAGCUUUCCUGUCAGCACAGACGUGUGCUUCUGGUUAUUAACUAUAAAUCUUGUGACUUCAGAGUUUCUUAUAUGGAGCUAUUGUGCUCCGCAUUUAUUUUAUUAAUUUUAGGUUUCCACUAUUGUUUUAGUGUGUAGCACUUUGGGUUUUUAUAUUUUAUGAAUAAAUUCUUUUUUGUUUUCUCUUUUGUUCUAGUUUCUCAUUUGUACUUUAGACUCCUAUAUCUAUCGUGGAGCCAUUUAGUACUCUCCCAGUACCUUUUCACUGGUACACUACUUUCAAACAUUUUGUUUAUUUCUACUAGGGGUUACCCCCCUUUCUCCAGUGUAGCAUAUCGGGCUGUAUUCAGUGUGUUCUCUGAGGACCCAUGUGUUAUAUUUCUCGAUGGAAACAAGAUUUGCGGGAGAGUUGAAGGGGAUGUCUGAGGGGACAUUUGGGAAGGGGCAGCCAGGGUUGUCACAUUAUAGAAACAAAUUUAUAAUUCACUCCCCAUCCAAUUAUGUCAUGUGGGGAACAUUCAAUGAUAGUUUGAGAUUAUAUAGACUUUGUCGCUCAUACCCCACAUGUAGUGGACCUAUACAGUGAUAGUUCCCUUUUGAGAGGGAGUAAGGGAUCUUUUGGUGACUGUUUUUCAGAGGCCCUUUAAAUUGGACCCCUGGCUACUUUUGUUUUCAAGGACCAUUAGAGGGCUUCCCAAAGAAGGCUCACAAAAUGUUUAACAAAAUAACUUUAGCAGCAAAGUGGGCCUUGGCAGUAUUGUUGCUGGGAGUCUCGGCCCCUUCGAUCAGAGAAGUCAGAGACAAAAUAGAUGAGAGUCACUUAAUGAUUCAGCUAGCUGCCACGGUGCAUAACAUCUUGCCCUCUUUCUAUUUAGUUCUAUAUAGUCCUCUUCUGACUAACAUCUAUAUUAUUGCUCAUGCAUUAGGUCUCAUCGUGGGUGUACCCUCUUUACUCCUUUCUUUUUAUUUACAUAUUUUAAAUAUAAUUAUUUGCUUUCUGUUUUGUUCUCUUUAUUUUCUAUAUAAUAAUCGAAAAAUUGUACAAACACUCUGUUAGAUAUGAUGAUGGUAUUUUAUGUAAAGGUUGCUGUGAUUGUCUCUGAAAGCAUGGAAAGUACUUUCCUUUAAUGGCAAUGAUAUAUCAGUUGAAUACUCGUUUCACUGUUUUCUAUGCUCUGUUUCAGGGUUCGCCAAAUUUAGGCCCUCCAGAUAUUGCUGAACUACAACUGCAAUGAUUCUCUGACUAUCUAAUGCAUUCAAAGAAUCAUAGGAGUUGUAGCUUAGCAACAUUUGGUGGGCCAGAGUUUGGAGAACCUUGCUCUAUUUCUAUGUGUAGAUAUUACGUUUUUCCAAUAUUUUAUGGUGGGUGAUGUCACAUCAUGCAUUAAAACCUGCAAAGCAUGUGUUUUAACCUGCCUGAUCAUGGUGGGAGUUAUGCUCCAGGACAGCAGUUGCUAUUUGCAGCUGUUACCAUUCAGUCAGUCCCUUAUCCGAAAACUGAUAUGUCAGGAGAGGAGCUGGGGAAACAGAGACAGUGCAAUUCGCACACCAGCUGUUCUCUCAGCAUGUCACUAAAGAGAGGGACUGAAUUAAGAACAGCAUCCACAAACCACAAUUGCUUCCCAUGCAUUUAACAUUUCACAAGCUACAAAAUACAUGCAUAUGCUGUUCCUCCAUGUCAUUAGUUCCAUUGUUAACAAUAUAUACAUUUAUACAAAAAGCAGCCUGGAUGAUACUUAGGACUUACCAAUUUUUAGAAGAAAUUAGAUUAAUGUUCUAAACAUUUAAAGCAGUGGUGCCCAAAAGGUAGAUCCCCAGAUGUUUUCAAAGUAUAGCUUCCAUGAUGCUUUGUCAUUGUAAAGACAUUCUUAAGGUAUGCAAAGCAUCAAGGGAGUUGUAGUUCUACAACAUCUGGGAUCUACCUUUUGGGCACUCCUUAUUAAAAGUGUGCAUUUAACCAUGAGCAAACAUUGUUGAAUUUGCCCUUGAAUUCAUGGCCCAUAGUUGUAUUGUAUCCCACAUUUAUUUAGUGUAUCCAAUAUCAGAAUGUCAAACUGACUCACUGGCAAGCAAUAGUCUACAAUUAAAUAAUUUAAAUGAACACUAUAGGGUCAGGAACACAAAUAUGUAUUCCUGAUGCUAUGGUGUUAAAACCACCAUCUAGCCCCGUACAGCCUCAUUAAAUAUAGUAAAUUCGUACUUGUAUUAAAGUCUGCAGCUGCUGUCUCUGCCCCUGACCUGCCUGCAUUCCUGACAUCAUCAGAAGUUAUUCUGUAAAACAGUCACAAUGCUUUCACAUAGGAUUGGCUGAGUCUGUCAAGGAGGCAGAUAAGGGGCAGAACCAGCACAAGUCAAACAGAGCCCUGGCCAAUCCGCAUCCAUUCAAUUGAUGCAUCUCUAUGAGGAAGGUUCAGUGUCUGCAUGCAGAGGGUGGAGACAUUGAAUGGCAGCAUUGCACAGUGUGCAACGCUGCCACAGGAAGCACAUCUAGCAGCAAUCUAAGGAGUGGCCAGUGGAAUUAUCCUUAGGCUGUAAUGUAAACACUGCAUUUUCUACGAAAAGACAGUUUUUACUGCAAAAAGCCUGAAGAGAAUGAUUCUACUAACCAGAACACAUACAGUCAGGUCCAUAAAUAUUGGGACAUCAACACAAUUCUAAUCUUUUUGGCUCUAAACACCAGCACAAUGGGUUUGAAAUGAAACUAACAUGUGGUUUAACUGCAGACUUUCAGCUUUAAUUUGAGGGUAUUUACAUCCAAAUCAGAUGAACGGUGUAGGAAUUACAACAGUUUGUAUAUGUGCCUCCCACUUUUUAAGGGACCAAAAGUAAUGGGACAGAGUAACAGUCAUAAAUCACUUUAACUUUUUAAUACAUAGUUGCAAAUCCUUUGCAGUCAAUUACAGCCUGAAGUCUGGAACGCAUAGACAUCACCAGACGCUGGGUUUCAUCCCUACUGCAACUGUCUUCAGUUCCUGCUUGUUCUUGGGGCAUUUUUCCCUUCAGUUUUAUCUUCAUCAAGUGAAAUGCAUGCUCAAUCGGAUUCAUGUCAGGUGAUUGACUUGGCCAUUGCAUAACAUUCCACUUAUUUCCCUUAAAAAACUCUUUGGUUGCUUUUGCAGUAUGCUUCGGGUCAUUGUCCAUCUGCACUGUGAAGCGCCGUCCAAUGAGUUCUGAAGCAUUUGGCUGAAUAUGAGCAGAUAAUAUUGCCCAAAACACUUCAGAAUUCAUCCUGCUGCUUUUGUCAGCAGUCACAUCAUCAAUAAAUACAAGAGAACCAGUUCCAUUGACACUACCACCACCAUGCUUCACUGAUGGUAUGCUUUGGAUCAUGAGCAGUUCCUUUCUUUCUCCAUACUCUUCUCUUCCCAUCACUCUGGUACAAGUUGAUCUUGGUCUCAUCUGUCCAUAGGAUGUUGUUCCAGAACUGUGAAGGCUUUUUUAGAUGUUGUUUGGCAAACUCUAAUCUGGCCUUCCUGUUUUUGAGGCUCACCAAUGGUUUACAUCUUGUGGUGAACCCUCUGUAUUCACUCUGGUGAAGUCUUCUCUUGAUUGUUGACUUUGACACACAUACACCUACCUCCUGGAGAGUGUUCUUGAUCUGGCCAGCUGUUGUGAAGGGUGUUUUCUUCAUCAGGGAAAGAAUUCUUCAUCCACCACAGUUGUUUUCCGUGGUCUUCCGGGUCUUUUGGUGUUGCUGAGCUCACCGGUGCGUUCUUUCUUUUUAAGGAUGUUCCAAACUGUUGAUUUGGCCACACCUAAUGUUUUUGCUAUCUCUCUGAUGGGUUUGUUUUGUUUUUUUCAGCCUAAUGAUGGCUUGCUUUACUGAUAGUGACAGCUCUUUGGAUCUCAUAUUGAGAGUUGACAGCAACAGAUUCCAAAUGCAAAUAGCACACUUGAAAUGAAUUCUGGACCUUUUAUCUGCUCCUUGUAAAUGGGAUAAUGAGGGAAUAACACACACCUGGCCAUGGAACAGCUGAGCAGCCAAUUGUUCCAUUACUUUUGGUCCCUUGAAAAGUGGGAGGCACAUAUACAAACUGUUGUAAUUCCUACACCGUUCACCUGAUUUGGAUGUAAAUACCCUAAAAUUAAAGCUGAAAGUCUGCAGUUAAAGCACAUCUUGUUCAUUUCAUUUUAAAUCCAUUGUGGUGGUGUAUAGAGCCAAAAAGAUUAGAAUUGUGUUGGUGUUCCAAUAUUUAUGGACCUGACUGUACAUUAAGCUGUAGUUGUUCUGGUGACUGUAGUGUCCAUUUAAUUAUGAAAGCAUUUUAGGUAUGAAAAUAAAUUAUCAUGUGUGAAAAUUUCUGAGAUCAUUUGCCAGAAGAAGAUCUGAACUGUCAUUCAACUCUGUCGAUGUUUUUUCAGCUGUAGAUCUACCAUUUGCCCAUCCUUGCAGGUUUGAAUAUGUGUGCAGUGCUUGUAUAUUAUUUAUAAAUUAUUUUACCAGGAAAGAUACAUUGAGAUUUCUCUCGUUUUCAAGUAUGUCCUGGGUCCACAAAACAUUGCAUUGUUACAUUAGGGUACAAUAAAAUACAAAUACAAUACAAAUACAAAUACAAAAACAAUAUUAAUACACAAUAUAUACAAAAUUUACCAUAGAACGGGUAGGAAAUAUAUAAUCACCCAUGACACGUGCAUUCUGUUUUGAGGUAUGUAGAGAGGGAUCUCUUAAAGGACUUUAGGCUUGGGGAAGAUUUUAAAGUGUGCGGGAGGUCGUUCCACAAUUGCGGCGCUCUGUAGAAUAUAUGAAUAUAUGGGAGUAUAUGAAUGUUGGCGUGUUUUUGUAUGACGUUUGUGUGCAUGUUUGUGUUUUGAUAAUAUUAGAAUGCAUGGGUGUAUUCAUCUGUUGUAUUGGUGUUUGAAUGCUAGGGUGUGUUUUUUGUUUUUUGUAAUGUUACUAUUUUAAUUCAGGAAUGCGUUUGUGCGUAGUGUCAGUCUUUGAAUGCAGGGGUGUAUUACUGUGAUAUGUUGUUGUUUGCAUGCAUUGCCACAUACAUUACCACACACAUAUACAGAUGCAUGUGGCCACAUAGGGAUGCACACAGACACACACAUACACACUAAGAAAUGCACAGUGACACACAGAUUGAUACACAUGAACAGAUAAAAUUACACACAUGCACAUGCUGACAAACACCCACAUUCACAAACACUGACCCUUAUGCACACAACGCACACACAUAUACACUUGACUCACCCAUAGUGCAGCUCUCCUACCCCUGAGCUCCAGUGAACCUUCCUGCAGCCCUGCCUCUAUUCUGGAGCCAGAGCUUCCAUCGGUUUCUACGUGACCCGGAAAGACCCCAGACGGCUCAUGGAGCAACAGGCAUUAACAAGCCACCUGACCUGCUGGGGUCCUGCUGCGGUCACACCGGCUGCACUGCCGGUAGUUCACUACCUGAACCAGUGGGAUCAGCAUUGAGCGUCUGCAAAUCUGCAGAACCCGCAUGUGCAUCACUGCCCAUUACAAGAUGUGUGGCGCCUGGUGGGACCCAGAUAAGAAGGCAAACUGUUAAAAAGACCAUUAACAAGGAACAGCAUUUGGAUACCCCUGACAUCAUUAACACUACAGUAGGCUAUAAUGGUUAUGAUGCUCUGAGCAACCUUUUAAACUUUACUUAAUUUUCUUUGCAUACUUUAUUCCAGUUUGUAGGUUCAGUCUCACACUGCCCCUAGCCUAACACUCCAGUAUUGUUAGUAUUGUUUUCCAUUGAAAAGUGUUAUAAAAAUGUUUCUGAACAUUUUCAAGGAAUUUAAAAUUAUUCUAAAUAAUUAAGGUCUAUAGAGCAUAUUCACAAAAAAAGCAAAAAAAAAAGUGGUUGUUAUGGAAACCACAUUGAAAGUUUCACAACCUAGAUGUUUUAGAAAUGCAGAAAAGCAAAAUUACAAAUAAGCAUAAAAUAUAUUUAAUGCAACAUAAUGGCAAACACUGUUUGAAAGCGAUAGUUUGUCUUCAGAAAUGGCUCUAUAAUGGCCACUAUAAUGACCAUUGCUCCAUAGGGUAUGAUUAUGGUGAAAAGAAGCCCCUCUUCUUGUCUCACUUCACACAGUGUUUCAUAGCUGCCUAAUAUAGAAGAACUUUUAAUAAUACUGAAGAAUCAUAUGCCUUUUGGACCCUCUAGUGGGGCCUGUUUAAGGUUAUAGGCCACUGAAAAGUGCACUCUCAGUGCCGAAGGUAUACAGCGGAGAGUACUGUUUUAUAUAGGAAGCCAGUGUGAUGGUUUUGAUUUGAUUCUUGGGGGCAGUUUUCAUAGGCAUAGAUGCGAAGAAUCAUAAGUGUUGAACGCUUGUUCAGUAUUCAGUUACCUUUGUAGUUUGUUUGGGGAAAUGCUUGCCACAGGCUUUAGGAGGAUCUAAGAGGCAAAUGAUUAUUAUUUUUUUCCAACCUGUGUGUACAUGUUUCUAUCUCUGGUGAUCACUGAGUAGUAGUGAAUGUAUUUUUAACUGGUCACUUGGGUUCUAUACUUCAUUGUUGCUUAUCAGUAUACUCCAUCAACAAAGCAAUGAGAUCCUCAACACACGGCAAUCUAAUAUAACCGGGAUAUUCACUAAUGUCUAUAUGGCCCCAUACUGAACAGGGCAAAAAAAAAUCCCACUGUGUAUGGUGCCAUUCAGACUGCUAAAUCUGGACAUUGUUCACACAAUUUAACAAAGUUUGGAUUUGUAUAAUUCAGGCCCCAAACAGACUUAAAUUUGAUCUACUUUGUAAGCAGACAGCUGAUAUCUAAACUGAAUUCUUCAAAUCUGGGCCAGGAUUUUACAAAAAUCCAAACUACUUGCCAGCUGUCACAUAGGUGGAAAAUCAUCAUAAUUAUGUGAUGACUUGCCAGCCAACUGCUUGAUUAAAUAAUUAAAUCAAUUAACAAAUAAAAAGUCUAUUGUGGUUAAUAUGACUAUUGCUAUUAUGAAGGUUUAAAAACUGUCUACUAAACUUCCAAAAUUAGUAACUUGGUCACAAUGGGGUCUCUAUUGUGGCCUGUGAAUUAACAGGCGAAGGGGGAGUGGACAUAGUACCCUCUCUCUGUAUCCUCACCCAUGGGCAUUAAGUAGGGGGCUUUAAGAGUUGGGGGUUAUUAGUAAUGGGGGAUGGAUAUAAAAUCUAUAAAACUGUAAAUAUAUGAUCCAAAAAAAAUUAUAAUUGCAUACUUGUAUAACUUGUUUAUUUUCUUUAUAUCCUUAAAAAAAAUACAGCAUAAAUAGAUUCAUAUUGUGUUCAUACAGCGCAGCCCUUGCCCUCGCCAAACAGUCAUACUUUUCCUCUCUCGUUAGUUCAUGCUCCCGCAAUCCCAAUCUUUGACACCUGUAACUCUCUUCUUCACUCUGCUGUGGCGACCCCCCCAAACUAACUUUACAGCCAAUAGCUUUGCUUGCUACUUUACCGACAAGAUUGAACAACUAAGGAAAGAAUUCUCCCCACCUUGCCGUUCUCUUUCUCAACCACACGUAGAUCAUGCCUUUCCUACCUUCAAACUUUCUCCCUGGCUACUGAACAAGAGGUGGCUGUGCUUCUCCUUUCCUCUUGCCCCACCACUUGCCUGCUCGAUCCUGUCCCAUCUCACCAUAUCAGAUCUCUCUUCCCUUGUCUUGUGCCUUCCUUUACACACAUCUUCAACUGCUCUGUCUUCCGGCAUUGUCCCUGCUGACCUUAAACAUGCCACUGUAGUGCCUAUCCUGAAAAAAAAAUCUCUUCACCCAUCCUCCCCCUCUAACUAUCGUCCAAUAUCCCUGCUCCCUUUUUCCUCAAAGCUUCUGGAAAGACUUGUCUUUACCUGUAUGUCUCACUUCCUCAAUUCCAACUCUCUCUUUGACCCUCUUCAAUCUGGCUUCUGCCCUCUCCAGUCUACUGAGACUGCUCUUAUCAAAGUUACUAACAACCUAAUCACAGCUAAAUCCAAAGGCCACUACUCCAUACUAAUUCUUGAACUCUCUGCUGCCUUUGACACCGUUGAUCAUGCUCUCCUUGUUCAAACUCUUCAAUCACUCAGCCUCUGUGACUCUAUCCUCUCGUGGUUUUCCUCUUAUCUCUCCCAAUGCUCAUUCAAUAUUUCCUUUUCUAAUGAUACCUCCUACCCUCAUCGUGUCUCGGUUGGAGUCCCCCAAGGCUUUGUCCUUGGUCCCCUUCUAUUUUCUCUUUAUACUGCUUCUCUUGGCAAACUUAUUACCUCAUUUGGAUUACACUACCACCUGUACGCUGAUGACACCCAGAUAUAUCUCUCCUCCCCGGACCUCUCCCCUGCCGUCCUGCAACGUGUCACUGCUUGCCUUUCUUCUGUCUCUGACUGGAUGUCCUCCCGCUUUCUGAAACUCAAUCUCUCUAAAACUGAGCUCCUUGUCUUUCCUCCUCCUAACACUGAUCCUCCUCUUUCACUCUCCCUUCAAGUUAGUGGUAUCCACAUAAGUCCAUCCUUGCAAGCGCGCUGUCUUGGCGUCAUACUUCAUUCUGGCCUCACCUUUGAGCCUCACAUCUAGUAUGUUGCCAAAUCCUGUAGAUUCCAUCUUAAAAACAUAGCCCGCAUCCGCCCCUUUCUUACGCAAGAUGCUACCAAGGAGCUUGUCCAUGCUUUAGUAAUUUCCCGCAUGGAUUAUUGUAACCCUCUCCUAAUUGGUCUUCCCAAAAGCCUUAUUGCCCCGUAUUUUCCUCUUUAGUCGAUCCUCUCACACCUCGCCCCUCUAUCAGUCCUUACAUUGGCUUCCUGUAUCCUAUAGGAGUCAAUUCAAAGUGCUAACCUAUACCUAUAAAGCACUGAACAAUUCUAGCCCCUCUUAUAUCUCUUCACAGAUCCAUUGGUAUGCCCCUUCUCGGUCUCUCCGCUCUGCCCGUGACCUUCUCCUGUCCGGUGCUCGCAACCCAGGGUAUUCACAAUUUGCCAGAUUGGUUUGCUGGGUCUAUGUUAUCUUUGAGACUGUAUGGCAGCCCAUGGAUGAAAAUUAACCCGACCAUGACAUACCAUUUGAAAAAGUAGACAGCCCGGGUUAUUCAAAAUGGGGUAUGUCCAGCCUUUUGUAGUAGCCACUUAGUCACAAACGCUUGCCAACGUUAGCGUUCAUAUUAGUUUUUUUUUUUUAACGCAAAAACUGCACUUUUACUGGUGAUAUCAUCGUUGUAAUAAAUUUGUGUUCAGCGAAGUCUCUCAAGUAUAAAAAUACCCCCCAUGUUUUAUGGUGUUUUGGAAAGUUACAGGGUCAAUAAGGGGCUUGCCCAUUUCAGUUUGCCAGAUUGGUUUGCUGGGCCUGUUGCCUUUUAAGAUCAUAUGUUAGCCCAGGAACGUGAAUUAACCCCAUCAUGGUCAUCAGACCAAAAAGCAGAUGUUGUUUAAAAAUAAAACAACAAAAAAACUGUGCAGUUUCUCUCGUAAUUGUAUUUUUCAUCUCUAUGUCUCGCAUUACUGUUAACCUCCUAUACAAAACAUCCAAAUAUGUAUACCCGGGAUAUAAAAAUAUGUACACCCUGCAAUAAAAAAAAUAAAAAUAAAGAAUUUUAAAAAAAAAAUACAAUCACUUUUUAAAAUUAGCCCAAAUUGUGUCAAGAUUUUUUAACCUGAUGGCUAUUUUUAUUAAAAUAACAUAUAAAAGGUAUUUUCCAAUUUAUUUUUAAGAACUUUAGAUUUAUAUUUUAAAAAAUCCUCUGCUAGUAUCUUUUAUUUUUUAUAUCGUUUACUCCAUUUUUUUCUGUUCAUUUUAUUUGCUUGGGCAUUAAACAUCUACACAUCCGUACAGUUCCUUCCAGUUCAGACAUACUGAGAUUUAGGUAUGUUCCUCAACUGUGGAUUGAAAUGGCAACAGUGCAGUUGUAUAAAAUUAUUGACAUCUACAAGUUUGAAAAAGGUCUUUACCUUGAUUUUAUUAUCUUGAAUAAAAAUAGUGAGAUCUAAAAAUUGUUCUGAUUCUUCUUUAAAAAUAGUAGUUAAUUUAAUGCCCCAAUUAUUAGAAUUAAAAUGGUACAGAAAGAGAAUACUAUCCUCUCUACUGCGCAACCAGAUAAAAAAAAAAAAACUAAACAAAUUGUAGAUGUACCUUUCUUAGGUGAACAGGUCUGUCACCCAGUCAUACCCUCCAUGCACAGAUUUGAGUUCCCAGUAUGAUAUGAAUAGGUUGGCAUAGCUAGGUGCAAACCUAGUGCCCAUCGUGGUACCACAUGUCUGUAGGUAAGAAAUUUCCUUGAACCAAAAAUUAUUCUUUUUUAAAAUUACUUGAAUACCUUGCAAUAUAAAAGCAAUCUGUUUAUCCAAUAUCUUUUGGAUUAAUUUAAAAAGAACUGCAGCUUUAUAACCUUUAUUACAUGAAAAUAUGGUAUAUAAAGAACUGACAUCUACAGUUACAAGAAAGGAACCUGGCUCCUGGCCUGGUAAUCGCCACCUGAAAUUGAAUCAAAGAGAUGGUGUGCCAAUCCAUAUUGGCACAGUGUCUACAAUCUUGGAGCCAGUAUUUUAUGGACUCCAAGUAAAGCUGAGCAUACUAAGCUAUAUAAUUUUUUUUACAUGGCUCAUGGCAAUAUUGAACUAGAUGGCUCUCCUUUUUUCUCCUGUUUACUUUAUGCACUUUUUGUGCAUUUGGCUGGUUAUCAGAAGAGAUCUUGAUGAUGCCUAAAAGGCACAAAGGUCUUUAUGUUCAGAACCAUGUCAUAUUGCACUGUUUCAUUUGUCCCCCUCUCUUUUUACAUAGGAGUAUUGGCUUCCCCAUUCCUAUAUUUAGGGGUAAGCUUUUAUAUUCUGGUGUAAAAUUUAUAAGCAUUGCACUUGUAUUUUAGCACAAAAACAGCCUGUAUGCAGAAACCUGCAGCCCAAGCAUUGAGAGAUUCAGAACAAGUGGUCGACAAACUUGCAGAUAUAACACAGCUUUGCAGAGUUGUUGGUUACUACAGAGGGUUUUAUAAAAGCCUUGAAGGCAGUGUAUUUCCAGUCUCUCUUCAGCACCAACUGCAUGGUCCAAGUUUUUGCACUCCAUCGCAUUCCUACAACAGCCCAGAAAAACUAAGUUCGAUGAGAUUCCCACUCUUGAAGAGGCUAUUAAGCAGCUGAAAAAUGGCAAGGCAGCAGGAGUUAAUGGAAUUCCGACUGGAGGUAUAGGGGCCCAGCGUUACACACUAAACUUAAUGAUUUCUUUGCGGCUGGGAAUAAGAAAAAAGUAUUACAGGACCUCCAUGAAGCAAUAAUCAUCACCCUGUAUAAGAACAAAGGAGAAAAGUCUGAGUGCUCCAACAAUCAGAGGAGAACACUGCUCUCUGUUGCAGGAAAAAUCCUUGAAGAGUACUCUUAAACAGACUGGUACCUACCAUUGCAGAAGAACUCUUUCCAGAGAGCCAGUGCUCUCGGGAAAGCUAGAAAGAGCUCCACUGACAUGGUAUAUGACAGCUCCAAGAUAAAUGUUGCGAACAGAACAAGGGAUUGUAUGUGACGUUCAUUUCUGUAAGCAGAAAAGAUAUGUGGCAAAUCUGGAAACUCCUAGUAUUGCCCCCUAAGUUCCUCAAUAUAAUCAUUCAGCUACACGAAGAUCAACGUGGCCAAGUCAGACACUGCAACAACUUCCCUAUAGGCAAGGGUGUAAAAUAAGGCUGUGUUCUACAACCAACUCUCUUCACAAUAUUAUUUAGCUUGAUGCUUCAAAGGGCUACUAUAGACCUUGAUGAAGAGGAUUGUGUCUAUAUCCUUUACCGCACUGCAGACUGCUUAUUUAAUCUGAGGCGACUAAGGACCCACACCAAGAUUGCAGACCAACUUAUCAGAGAGCUGCUGUUCACUGACAAUGCUUCCAUUUUUUCUCACACAGUGACAACCCUCCAGCAAAUAACUUUUGGCAGAGGCUGAAGUCAGCCUGAAGAAGACCGUAGUCCUCCCCAGCCGGCACCUCAUGAAGAUUACAUUCCCACUGCAUCACCUUGGCAAAUCAGAACUGAUGAUAGUUCAUCACUUCAGCUACCUUGGGUUUAUUAUCUCCUCAGAUGCCAAGAUCGAAAAAAGAGCACACUGGCAAAGUCAAACAGAGUAUUAGGUAGACUUCAUAAAAAAAAUCUGGAACAACAAGCAUCUGAAGAGAGGCACAAAGAACAGUGUGUACAGAGCUGUCAUACUGACCUCUCUCCUGUACGAUUCUGAGUCAUGAAUUACCUAUCGCCACCACCUACAGCUCCUUAAGCGCUUUCGCCAGCACUGCCUCUGCACAGUCUAAAACAUCUAAUGGAAUGACUUCAUAAAAAACAUCAAAGUUCUUGUACAGGCAGUGACCACUAGCAUCAGGGCAAUGCUUUUCAAGUCACAAUUGCACUGGGCAGGGCAUGUCUCCAGGAUUGUGCUGUAUGCCAAACCAACUCUCCAUUGGUCACCGCGACAGAGGAGCACCAAAUCGGUACAAGGUCUCUCUGAAGAUAUCCCUUGGUUCCUGUCACAAAUACCAUCAGCACUGGUCUUCAAUAACCUAUAGACACACCAUUCAUUGGGCUGUGUCAUCCUUCGAGAAUGCACAUAGGGCAUAUCUUGGGAAUAAAAAGAAUAAAAAGGAACAGAGGAAGGACUAUGAUAGUGUGGCAUCAAAGUCAGACCAGAUUUUCUCUUGCAGCAGCUGCAGCCCGGUCACUGGCAUCAUCAUCCAUUAGCGAGUCUGCAUCAGAUUUGUACAACCGGCUUCCUAAAUCUUCAUUCACAAAGUCAAGCUAAGAUAUGUAUACAUUGUUUUGGUGAAUCUUCUAUUUUGUUUGUUAUAUUACAUUAACUAGAUGCAGAUGCUAUGUCUUCUAACAUUCAUUUCAGCUCUCUCACAAGCGAUUUUCAAUGAGUGAGCCAUGUUGCACUGGUGUAUGGUAAGUCAGUGUGCAGUGAACAUUUUGAUAGGACUGUAGUAGGUUAACUACAGAAAUUAAGUGUGAUUCACACAUUUCUAUCAUGCAUUCACACCUCCUAAUAAUUUUAUUUUUCCCCUAACCAAUGAGGUAACAAACUCAUAAUCCACUUUCUGUGUAGCUCUCUUCUUACCUUUUGUCAUGAACUUACUUGUUCCUGGCACCCACACUCAUGAUCGCUUACAGCAGCUCUGAUGGUAUUGCAGCGAUGCCUUGAUGUCGAGGCAUCGCUGCAAUACCCCCACCUCACUGCCUGGCCGCUGGAGAACACCGGGUGAUCACUCCCACCGGAGCGAACACUUCCGGGUUGCUCCACGUGGAGCCUGGCAGUGAGGCAGAACAUUGGAAGCCAUUAGGCAGGCUUCCGAUGCUCUGCCUGUACUGAGUGCCUCAAGGGGUCGAGGCACUCAGUAAAUAUAAAUUUAAAAAAAAUGAAUUUAAAAAAAAAAAAAUUUAACCCCUACCCUCCCUCACUCCCCAUGUACUUAACGACCGCCGCCGUUCCCCUGCCGGCGAUUGGUCUUCUUCUUAGGGAGCCCAGACAGUCCCCCCUCUGCAAUUUAGGACCACCAGGGGCCAUGUGACAUGGCCGCAAUAGGUGUCCACAGUGCUGCCAGCAGGGGGACUGCCUAAACUGACAGGCAGUCCCCCUGCUGGUGAAAAAAAAUAAAAUAAAUAUAUAUAUAUAUAUAUGUAUGUGUGUGUGUGUGUGUAUAUAUAUGAGAAUUCAUAUAUCUUAUAUAUAACGUCAUCCUUAGUGUAUUUUGUUAUUAAUAUAUACAUAUAUUAAUAUAAAAUACACUUACAGUAAAAUUACACACGUGUAUAUAUAAUAUAUAUAUAAUAACUAUAUAUACUAUAUAUUAUAAAAAAGAAAUAAUAAAAAAAAAAUAUAUAUAUAUAUAAUUUUAUUCUAACUAUAUUGUGAUAUUAAUAUAUAUAAAUUUAUAUCAAAAUACACUUAGAAUUAAAUUAUAUAUAUAUAUAUAUAUAUAUAUCUAUGUAUAUCCCCUUAACGACCAUGGACGUACUAUGUACGUCCGACAAAAAAACAGUUGUUAAGGACCACUGACGUGCCUAGUAUGACCGCGGCACAUAUGAGCCCUGGACUUACCUGGACCGGCGAUCCACGACAACCGCAGUCGGGGAGGACUGCCGGAGACCCGAGCAGUCCUUCUGUAGCAACUCCGGCCACCCCGGCCUUCCAGGGCCAUGUGAUCACCAUGAUAACAUCGCCGCAAUAGGAGCUGCCAGCAGGGGGACUGUCUGAGCUGUUAGACAGUCCCCCAGGCUGCUAAAAAGUUUUAAAAUAUAUAUAUUUGUAUAAUAUAUUAUAAAAUAAUCAAAGAAUUUUAUAUAAUAUUAUAGAUAUAUAAUGUGUAUAUAUGAUUUCAUUAUAAGUGUACUUUGAGAUAUAUUGGAAGGCGGAGCCUGAAGUUGUGGGAGGGGUUACCCGGCUAUUUAAACUCAAGCCCCCUACACAACAGGGCUGAUGCUGCUGGGAUAAUUUCUACUUCCAGUUCAAAGGUCAUCGACGCAGACUGCCUAAAACCCCAAACAAACUGGUCUAGGCCUACUGUGGCUCCCACGCUGAUCGGACCAAGUUCUCCCUGCUCCGACAGCUCCCAUCAUGCUGUUCCAGCCACACACGGUCAGAGACUACCCACCUCCUCUCCCGAACUGGCCAUUCGUUCCCGCCGGCACUAUGAGACCCCUUCCCGGCUUCCCAAGCCUUUUCCUGGACCAAACAUCUGUGUCCGCCGAGUCUGGGUACUUUCCAGCCGCAUAGCUGACCUUUCACCUCACCGCUGCUUCCGGGUCAAUUCGUUUGCUUCCUGUGUCAGUCAAAUCCACAAACCGUGAGUCUGCUCGAACGGGCUAAAUCUGUGAACAAAUAUAUUAUUGUUCGCACGUUUACGUCCUUACAUACCGUCCAUUCGGGACAUUUUCCCCGUUCAGGACUUAAGUCAGUUUGCCUACUCCUGCCUGCUCUUUGUUCCAUUCCCAUUUCAUUUGUUUCCUUUCGUCAAAUUUCUACCAAACUAGUCUCCAAUCCAUCUCCGUUACAUGCUGAUAUGUAGCGGCCACUACAAUCAUAGUACCCAUUCGUUAGUUUUACACUGUUCCCUGAUACAUGUAAUGUCCAGGUUCUUUUGAAUGUAUUUAGCCUGCUACUAAUUGUCCUUACAUGCCCCCUGUAGUUCGGUUAUGUUUGCUAUGUUUCUUGUUGUUAUUUACGAUUGUGCACAGAUAUUGUUAGUUUCCCAUUACUAGUUUAGCUCUGGUGCGCGUUUAAUAUUCACUACAUGUAUAGCAUUUCCAUCAUAUAUUGCAAUGUCUUAUUCUAUCACUUAUGGACUUGGUACUGUUCUGAGGCAGUCAUCACGUUCACAUAUGUUACCAUGUGUUAUGGCCAAUCUGUAUACUUGCUCCCAUGAUAGGUAUUUUACUUAUUUGGAGCACGACCACCUAUUCACUAAACCUUUUUAGUAACACGCCACACUCCUAUGCUCAGUAUAUGUAUCGUCAAGUUCCCUAGUACAAACCGUAGUGUACCAGGCUUUACCAUACCAUUAUACGAUCCCCUUGACCCUACUUCAAAUAAUCACAUAUUAUGCAGUAAAGGUUAUUUUCUCAUCGCUGUUAUAUUCUACUCAAUCAAAUUCAUCAUCCUUACCAACCCUUGCUAUUUAGGCAUGGCUUCACUAAACCUACAUCAACUCCACUCUAACUAUUCUAUGUUACAUCAGCCAAUGCUGGCACGCAAUUCCUCUGCAAGGCCAUACACAGGCCCACACCCGGCCACAGCUCGCAAACCAAACUCUAUAAACUUCUGCUCAAAUUACUGAUACACCUCAGCCGGGCACUAGCUCGCAGUCAGGUAAUCUGGAUAACUACAAUGAAGUCAAGCAGUUGAUAUCCACUCUACUUGCCUCCAUACAAAACAUCAACGAUGGACUAGAGAGACUGGAAUCUCCACAGGCACUGACGCACGGGCCAGCCACAGGGCUCCUAAAUCCCUCUCAUGGUUAUGUUAUCCCUUCAAAUCCCACCCCUAGCACAUCUGUUUACAUUGUCAUUCCCGUGUACUUCGUGCCCCCAACCAUACGCAAAGACAUCUGAAAGGGUUAGUUUAGUCUCCUUACUGAUUGCCUCCCACAGUGUCUUAGAGUAUAAGUCUUACUACUACUACGAUGAUCUGUCCGUCGUUAUAUAGACCAGAAUCCCAGACUCAAUUAGAAACUCACUAUCCCAGAAUUCAUCCUGGCCUUCAGACUUUUUGUGACAUAAGUGACUCUACUUCUCCUAACCAUAGAGAAGGUUUGCAUCGACAACCUGGAGUUUUACCUCCAAGCACACCCUUCCCGUCGACUUCUACAUCAAGGUUUUCACACACCAUUUCCACACAGGUCUGGUCACACUCCCGUCAAGUAUUCAUGAGUUUCAGAGCCUCCAGUCCGCAUUAAUAGACCCCGCAACACAAUCACGUUGCUUAAGAAGGUAUUUGACAACCCAUAUUAAUUACCCACCCCUAGCCUCAACUCAUUGAUUUCCUCUAAGGAAUUCUCCCAGCAAUAUGCCACAGGGGAUGACCGGAGCUUGGGUGGGCAAGACAGACAUUUCCAACACCUCCAAUUUUCUACCUAUUCAGCCAUCCCAAGGGCAUGUUCGUGGAAUUUUAUGGAGGGAUUGUAAUUACUUUCCCACACGUUUAACUUUUAAAACAAAGAGUAACCCCAAGCUGUUUGUCUUAUUUGCUAACACACUAUGUUGGCUACCACUCAAUAUUAGCGAAUGUUCUGCAGUCACCCGGUUUCUUAGAUGACUUCCUCACGAUAGAACACCCUCACUCCACUCUGGUUAGUACUCACAAGACGAUGGCACUUUUUCACCACUAGGGGUUCCACUUUCACAAACUGAUCUUCUUAGCCAUUCAUCUUGACCCUAUGACGCAACAGAACAUGUCCACCUACAGAGAAGGUACAGCACAACGGAGUCCGGGGAACCUUUUUCUUGCAAAGAGCAUGCAUACCAGGGGGGAUCUACAGUUCUUACUGGGCACGUUGAACUUCGUCAUGAGUUAUUCCUCAGUGCCGCACGUUUAUUUCCUGACCACUGUGUCUUCUUCCCACCGACAGUUGCAUUUUGGCACUAGUUGUGCUUACUAAAGCAGACCUACACAUAUGGCGGCUCAGGUUCAUACCACACUGGAAUAGAAGGCCAGGUUAUUCCCGCCAUUUCUCAACAUUCCCCAGUUACAUGGACCAAUGCAGCCGCACACAUGUUUCACAUUCCAUUUGGUGACGUUUGGUUUUAAGUUUCCUGUCCAGUUGAGACUCUUUGUUAAAAUCUUUCCAUCCCUCCUCAGCAUUGUUUGGAAUCUACCCCAUAGUGCCGCCUACAAGGCCUGGGGGUAUGAGUGGAUAGGGGAAACUGUCAAGUGCUUCUCUAACAAUGGAGCAGCCGGCAAUACCAUCAAUAAAGGCAGAUCCUCAUCCUUGACAAUCAUGGCUUAUUAGACAACUCACCUGGUAGGCAGCAACACUACAAUUUCACAUCACGUGGGCACAAAUUCCUGGUCAUAUGUACAAGCAGCUGACACUUUAUCUCGCUCUAAUUCUUCGAAGCCCACCCAACAGCCAACAACAGGCCUGUCUAACCCCCCCCCUGCAUUCCAUGGCUUAACUCGUCUCAUGGCAUUUGGCAGAUUUCUGGAUAGAGCUGCCCUCUCCGAUUAUAAAUCACGAGCAAACAAUAGAGAUUUCACCUUUACAACAAGUUUACCACCGAUUACCAUAAUACUGAUAUUCUUUUACUAGUUGCCAUCGUGACACACCUCUCUUUUUUGCCCCCUCAAUUUAAAACUCUCUCUUAACACUACAAAACUUUACCUGACUGGAAUACAACACCAUAUCUUAAGUGCCUAUCCUAGUACCAAUCAGUUCACCUCCUCUUACCAUGUGACGAACGUACGGAGAUAAGGUACUAUCCUACGGACAAUAAGGUGCCUGGUCAAAAUGCCAGACCUUUACAGGUUAUCACUCACAGGACUAAACCUCAAUAUGCCCCUAUUUACACAGCAGGCAAACCACUCACUACAGCUAAAUUCAUAAUGUAUCUCAGAACACUCUUAACUAGGUGGGGACUCAACCACAAUGCCUUUUCGGGACAUUCGUUCAGAAUCGGGGCAGCAUCAGCUGCUUCUAGACAAAUGUCUCUGCUCACAUCAUAAACAUUAGGAUGCUGGAAAUCCACAUACUAGAUACAUACUACAACCAGAGCUAGAGUUGAGUAGACAAGCCUUUAUGAAUCUUGCUACGUAGAGAUAUGUAAUAAUGUUAUUUUAUUUAAUUUUUGCCUCUUUCAAUCUGGCAAAUUUCAAUGUGCAAACAUGGAAAAGGGGAAAGCCCUACAUUUGAACCCUGUAAGUUUGCAAAAACCCAUAAAACCUGUACAUUGGGGGCACUGUUGUAUUUGGGAGAUGUUGCUGAACACAUAUUGGGUUGUUCUUUGUCAGUAACUAGCCAAAAGUUUGACAAAGACUGGUGAUAGAAUUAGUGCAUGGAAAGUGUUAAAAUACCACCAUUUGAAAUGCCUUAGGGCAGGGGUAGGCAUCCUUCGGCACUCCAGAUGUUGUGGACUACAUCCCCCAUAAUGCUAGAAAAACAUCAUGGGAGGUGUAGUCUAAAACAUCUGGAGUGCCAAAGGUUGCCUAUGCCUGCCCUAAGGUGUCUACUUUUCAAAAAUAUAUGGUUUGAUGGGGGUAAAUUACAUUGGCCGGCUUCAGAAAUUUGCCAAAUACGACAUGGGUGCAUGAUGCCAAGCUGUGAAAAUUCCAAGUUGGAAAACUGGAAUGCGCACCCUCCAAAUAAGGUCUUUUAGCCCCCAAAGAACCCCACAUACCUGUACAUGGGUGGUAUCACUGUACUCAGAAGAUGUUGCUGAACACAUAUUGUGGUGUUCUUGGGCAGUAAUACAAAACAGGAGCUGAGAAUCCAUGCCUAAAGUACAAUGUGUGUGAUAAAUAACACAAAAGAAUGGCUACCCAAAAGGUUUACAAAGACUGGUGGUAGAAUUAGUGCAUGGAACGUGUUAAAAUACCACCACUUGACACAAAGGGAGACAUAUACAAUUUAUUCCUCUAUAUGCAGACGCUCUUCACAACGGACAUCAUAGCAGUGAAGACGGAGGUACAACAGGUAACUGCUAGGCUAAACACCACAGAGGCAGACAUCACCUCACUGAAACAGGGCAUAGACAACCUUGGGGACACAGUACAACACCUUAACUCCUCUUAUACAAACUUAUCGAGCCGAAUGGAGCAAUUAGAAGACAGAAGCAGGAGUAAAAACAUCAAAAUACGGGUGGUCGCUGACACGCUCUCCUAUCCCGCCCGAGGAGCUCCCACAUUUUGUCCGGCGACUGAUCGCCUUCCUACUGCCGACACGAUCAGCCAAGCAAUUCACCUUUGAAGGAGUUUACCGCAUCUCUAAGUUUCCCCAAGCGCCCAUCACCUCAACCCGAGACAUCUUCUUAUGUUGCCAGUCUCAUGCAGAUAAGCAAAGGAUCUUCACAGCUCUGAAGGGGAAAACGCCAUUACAAUUUGAAUCCUUUUCACUCACCUUUUUCCAAGACCUCUGCAGAGCCACGCUACUAUGGAGGAAAUCCAUGCAACCAGUCACCAAUGCCCUUCAAAGUGCGGGACUGGCAUACAGUUGGACCCAUCCCAGAGCCAUCACAGUGAUUAAAAACGGGAAACAAUACAAAGCCUCUAGUCCCUCAGAGUGUACGGCCUUCCUACAGGUACUGGAGCUGCCAGCAACGCAAGACACGCCGACAACAUCAGCGGAAUGAGAAGUGAGCAACAUCACCCCUUUUACACCCAGGACCAGACGGGACACUGACACUUAACCUCAGACACCCAUUCCAACCUCAUGAGACGUCGUCCCACUCUGUCCAAUAACUUUGGGUCAUCUCCACCCACGCAAAAUUGGACUUAUGACGGUACUCGUCGGUUGUGAGUUUAACAGAGACUUACAUAGUUGCACAUUUCAUUUCCAAACUCCAACAAAGUUGGAAAAGAUGUUUUUUUUUAUUUUUUAUUUUUUCAUCAUAUUUUAUUUAAAAAAUGUAUAGUAAAUUAUAUGAUAUGAUGAAAAUAAUGGUAUAUUUAGAAAGACCAUUUAACGGCAAGAAAAACGGUAUAUAAUAUGUGUGGGUAUAGUACAUGAGUAAGAGGAAAAUUACAGCUAAACACAAACACUGCAGAAAUGUAAAAAGAGCCCUAGUCCGGGGGCGUGGCCUAGCGACGGAUGAGAGAGGUCGCCUGAGCUCGGAGCUCUCCCGCCAGCAAGUGCACACAGCGUGGCUAACAGCGUGAUUUUACCGGCAAAUACGGCUACAGCGACACACCAUCGCAGAGCGACGAUGUCCACAAAAAUCGCCAAGAAAUACAAACAGAAAACGCUCCAAAUGCAGACAACAUCGAUGCUGAACACCGGAGCUGAAAUCCAAGAUGGCGCCGACAGGCCUGAGUCUCCGGCCUCGUGUGCCAAUGUAGGUGAGCUUAUCUUCACUCCAGGCAUUAUGCAAACGCCUGUCACUAAUGAAACAUUACACAAUAUGCUCCUGGACCUUAAAAACACAUUUAAAUCGGAACUAAAACAGAUUGCCACAGAUAUUAGAUCAGACAUUCAAUCCCUGGGGGAAAGAACAUCUCGCCUAGAAGAAAGGGCGGAAGAAAUUACAGAAGCACAUAAUAGUAUAACAGAGGCACACUCAGCCCUACUCACAAGACUGCAAUCUUUGGAAGCAAAGGUGGCAGACCAUGAAGACCGUGACCGACGCAACAAUAUCAGAAUCCGGGGAUUCCCGGAAUCGGUUGGUCCACAGGGUCUGACCUGCUAUGUCCAAGAUAUCCUCAAGGCAUACAUCCCAACCCUGACAGAAACUGAACUGCUCCUGGACCGCACGCACCGCCUCCCGAAGCCCAAACAUCUACCGGCAGCUGUACCGCGGGACGUUAUCACUCGGGUACAUUAUUUCACAACAAAAGACCGAGUAAGGCAGGCCUCCAGAAGUCAAGGUCAACUCCCGGGACAAUUCUCACAGGUCAAACUAUUUAUAGACCUAUCCUCCACCACGAUGUUUAAACGGCGCACAUUUGCCCACAUCACAGCAGCGCUGAGAGCAGCCGAGAUUCAAUACAAGUGGGGCUUCCCCACCAAACUGUUGGUCAAGCGCAAUGGAGUGGACAAUCAGAUCUCUGACCCCGAAACUGGCAAGAGACUUUUGACGGAAUGGAACAUUCCACUACGGGACGACCCCUCGCAACAGACAAGCAGCAGACCUCCAAGACACCUCCAGAAAGAGUGGGAAACGCAAUCACGCUCCACCAACAUGCAGAGGCGCACCUGAACAGAGCAAGAACCUAAUAAUCCAAGAACUGCAACACUGGUCCCUAAAAGGACAGGUCGUAUAUUUUCAAUGUGCCCAAUUUUCCGUGUUUUCCUAGGUUCCUCUCCCCAUUUGUCACAAGCACAAACCGGACUCACAACCUAUUUGCACUGUGCAAAGGCGACACCACGACCCUCUUUAACUACAAUUGGCAGUAGUAUUGUUAUAUCGUGCUCUAGGUAUCUAUACCUACCCCCAGAGUGGCUAAUUCAUCUGAGCCACGAAUGAAACCGUUGUACUUAAUAUCGCACCGAGAUGAUGCGGUGAACGGAAUGUUGUACAUAGUUACUUAUUGUUUUAGUUAUGUUAUUAAUUCUCCACCCUCUGGCAGGCAGAUCCUAAAUACCUUAAGCCCCGUACUCCCUCUGUCUCACAACCAUAUCAUGAAAGGCACUUACAUAUCUCCCAUCGGGAGUAAGAGCAAUACUGUACCCUUGGCGGACCCUGGCGGCCCUCUCUAUAUACCUCACUUAGCCCACAAUCCUAUCCAACUCAGAGAUGGUACUUAAAAUCUGCUCCCUGAACGCCAAGGGACUAAACUCCCCGAAUAAACGCCGCUUAGCCUUACGCGAAGCGAAAUCCCUAGGUGCCCACGUAAUGUUCUUUCAAGAGACACACUUUCAAUGGGGUAACAGGCCUAAAUUUAACUCUCCGGCAUUCCCCAUAGACCAUCACUCCUGCUACUCAACUAAGAAAAGAGGAGUAUCCGUCCUAAUAAGUAAAGACGUAACGUUUUCCUUAAUACGAAAAAUUGGGGAUAAAAAAGGGAGGUACCUCAUCUUACAAUGCCAUCUGAAUAACAAUGUAUAUACUCUGAUUAAUGUAUAUGGACCUAAUACUAAGCAAUGUGAAUUCGUAGAUGUGCUGUUGGGAUUGAUGUCUGCGCACGCAUUGGGGGAGGUAAUCAUUGGAGGCGAUACGAAUUUCCUAUUAGACAGCGACCUAGAUUCCUCCAGAAGCCCAAGAUUGGCCAACCAAACUCUAAAGCUUCGGUCCAAAUUGACCUCACGUAUAUGCCACAAACUAGCGACACACAACCUUGUAGACCCCUGGCGCGUUACGCACCCCACAGAGAGAGACUAUACAUAUCACACAGCAGUACAUAACAGCUAUUCUAGAAUAGAUAGAUUUUUACUCCACACCUCCUCUCUCACAAAAGUAGAACGCACUGACAUUGGUCUGAUCUCGUGGUCAGACCACGCGCCUAUUACAUUGUCAAUUAGAGAACAAUUCCCCAACAAAGGGAGAGGUAGCUGGAAACUCAAUGAGCAACUAUUAUCCGACCCGGAGGUAGCCGGACAGAUAGAACAGGAACUGCACCAUUAUUUUAGGGAGAAUAAAACUCCGGACUCACCCUUAACCCAAAUAUGGCUAGCACACAAAGCCUUCAUACGGGGCUGCUUCAUAAAACACGCUAGCUAUGCAAAAAAACAGCGCCUUGAAAAAUACACCUCUAUACUUUCUGAGCUAGCCUCAUUAACACAUACCAACAAGCACACACCAACAGCGUCUACACACGCUAGGUUACUACUCUUACAAACACAACUAAGAGACAUAGAACUAGCCAAAACUACAUUCCUCACACGCAGGCUCAAACACAAGUACUUCGCUGCCGGCAACUGUGCAGGGGCAAAACUAGCAGCACAAUUGAAACAGAGAACAACAACCUCCAGGAUUGCCUCCCUCAAGGGACAAGGGGGCGCCAAGAUAUUAGACCCACAAGGGAUUGUAGAUGAGUUGGCUCAAUACUAUGAAAAGCUAUAUAAUCUAAAGAACGACCUACAGACGAUAUGCCCCGCAAAGUCCGAUAUUGAUGCCUUCCUGUCGGAAGUCAACCUCCCGACCUUAUCGCCGGCUGACACAGACUACCUGCGCAGCCCCUUCACGACAGAAGAGGUAGUCUCGGUGAUCUCCUCACUCCCACAGCAUAAAUCCCCAGGCCCUGAUGGACUACCCAAUAAAUACUACCGCACAUACUCUAGCUCCUUGUCACAGCCCCUCACAGAAAUGUUUAACCAUUGCAUGAGAGAGGGCUCCUUACCAGCGGAGAUGCUACUGGCUCAUGUCUCCACCCUACCCAAGCCAGGCAAAUCUAAGGACCAGUGUAAGAACUUCAGGCCCAUUUCACUGCUAAACAGCGACGCAAAAAUCUACGCAAAGCUAUUUAGUAAACGAUUAGCUCCACUCAUGCAUAAACUAGUACACAAUGAUCAAUCGGGGGUUCGUGAGAGGCCGACAGGGCUCCGAUAAUUCCAGGAAGGUACUAAAUAUAGUGGCGGGGAUGGCAAAAGGAAAGCUCGGAGGCCUUUUUCUGGCGCUGGACGCCGAAAAGGCUUUCGACAGGCUAAGUUGGCAAUACAUGACGAAGGUACUACAAAAAUAUAACUUCCCCGAAGAAAUUAUCAAAGGCAUACUAGCGCUCUACGCGCAACCUAGUGCUAGAGUCUCACAUAGUGGGUUCCUUUCUAGAACCUUUCACAUUACAAACGGGACACGUCAAGGAUGCCCGUUGUCCCCCUUGCUCUACAUCCUUUCUUUAGAACCCCUAGCCCGGAAAAUACGAGAACAUAAAGACAUAACCGGCAUCACCUUGAGGGAAACAGAGUAUUGUUUAGCCUUGUUCGCAGAUGAUAUCUUUGUGGCAUUGUCGACCCCAGAGAACUCCCUGCCCCCAUUGUUAACACUAUUGACAGAUUAUGGUAAAGUCUCAUAUUAUCGCCUGAAUCAAGAAAAAACGCAGGCCCUACCUAUAAACCUACCAAGGCUAACUGUGGCGACCCUAAAGACCACAUAUGAGCUCGAUUGGCGGACGACAUCCCUAACAUAUUUAGGAGUAAAAAUCGCCACUUCCAUUGACAACAUAAUAAAACUAAAUUAUAAACCUCUCAUACAAAUAUGCAAAACUGAGACACUUAAAUGGAAGACUGCAAACCUUUCAUGGUUAGGACGAGUAAAUGCAUACAAAAUGAUGCUACUGCCGAGACUGCUGUACAAGUUCAGAAUGCUUACUAUAGCUGUCCCGGCAGCAAUCCAUAUGUCAUUGCAAACAAUAUGCAGCACAUAUAUCUGGGGAGGCAAAAGACCUAGGCUACCUCUACACCUCCUACAAAAGACAGCACACACGGGCGGCAUCGGUUUACCUAACAUAGGCCUCUACUACAAAGCCUCCCUGUUGGCUACUUGCAUACAACUACAUGCCCCAAGGGGCACAACACAGUGGGUAGAUAUGGAACAAGAUCAACUUACAUACCCCACACUGCUCAACCACAUAUGGACACCAAAGGCAUUGAGGGGACCCAACGUACAGCUUUAUCCUACUACAACAGCGACGAUCAAAGUGUGGGACGAAUUCAUGACAUCCCUAGGUUGGAAGAAGCACUUCCACCCCGAAGCCCCCCUAAAAGCACUUCACAUAGUGAACCCCACGAUCCCCCUGUCCAGGUGGACACAGCUGGGUAUAUCCCAGAUUCAACAGAUAUGCAAAGGACAAGCCAUAAUGGAUUUCCCAGACAUGAAAAGCAGAUGGGGGGUACCGGAGAAAGACAUCUUUCCGUAUCUGCAACUAAAAAACACAAUCAACUCACAUGUAAAAACCUCUCCAUCCUCAUUAUCAACACAUACGCUAGCUGCGAGACUAAUACCCAGCCGAUGCUGGACAGCCCUGCAGAAACCCAAGACCCUUUCCCUUUGUUAUAAAGCCUGGCUAGAAUUAGCACCCCAUAAGCCAACGACAUGCAGACUUCACUGGGAGGCAGAGGCAGAGACUGAGCUAACUGAGGAAGACUGGUUAUCAGCUCUAAACGGUCUCAAAAGAUGGACCAAAUGCUACUCCCACAUAGAGGCGCACCGGAAGCUGCUUUAUAGAUGGUAUAUGACCCCCAAUAGGCUGCAUAACAUAUACCCUGCGGUACCAGCCGAAUGCUGGAGGUGUAAUACGGAAAUAGGCACGCUACCACACGUCUGGUGGCACUGUAGCGGCAUACAGCCGCUGUGGAGGGAUGUUAAGGAUAUAAUAGAUGCCCUGGGAAUCAAAGACUUCCCCCUAAACAUUAAGGCCUGUCUACUCCUACUGUUCUCCAAAGAGACACACGAGAGCCAAAAACAACUGUUCCUGCUAAUCUUAAUGGCAGCACGCAACCUGAUAGCGCUCAAUUGGAAAAAACACAGUUGCCCAUCCACACAACAACUGAAAGACAAAAUACAACAGUUUUACAUAUAUGAGAAAAUGUCCACAGACACCACUACAGCCACCGCAAAAUUCAGGGAAACAUGGGAGGGUUGGGAGGCAUGGUACAAAAAGGGGAAUUGUCUGGGAUAAGCAAAACAGCAUAGAAGAGGGGAGUAAUCUCUAACCAGGCCAGAGCCAAGUGAGGAGUAGUAUGCCACUUUAAUGUGGAAAGGAAUAAAAAGAACUGUCAAAUACGUCAUUUUUGAUCUUACCUGCACACCUGUUUUGUAUAUGCCUUUGUUAUGUUUGAUAAACUAUUCAUCCCCGACUGUUAUCAAGGGGCUACAUUAGGAAUUCAUUGUACCACAGAAUGUAUGUUUCAUGAGCACUGACUAUGUACUGAAUUCAUAAUUGUGAAAACUUCAAUAAAAUACAAUUGAAAAAAAAAAAAAAAAAGAGCCCUAGUCCUUAACGGUAAGAAAAUUGAAAAACGGUCUGGAGUUAAACGAGUUAAGGGGCCCCGUUGUUUUUCACUUUUCUUUUCCUACAUUAAUUCAUAACAGUCUUCUGCAUAUGUUGAACUUAUCUUUAAUAUAUAGAGCUCUCUUAUAGAUUGAUAGUUGUGAAGACAGUAUUCUAAAGAGUUUGCUUAGGGUCUUAUAUAAAUAGACCUCGGAAGAAGCCUAUAUGUUAUCCACACAUAAGGGAUUUAUAGCAGUCUCUAUGUUGUUAUAUAUUGGUUCUGGCAUGUAUUGGGCUAUAUUAAUCACCAUAUAAUACUAGCUAAUAUAUAUUCAGGAUAUGUGUAUCUGGAUAAGUAACAAAAAUACACUAAACAAACAUCUAAGAAAUACCACCAGUGAAAGAUGAAUAAAAAUAACAAUUGCCCUUCUAUAUUCUGAAAAGUCAAGCGAAUAGAAGAUUCCUCCAAAUUUUGGUUUUAUGUCUGUAUAAGAGCUUAUUUCAUUUAUAUGAAUAUUUACUUGAAUAUGCUGUAUGUCGCAUUUGGAUUUUGAGCUCAGGAAAAGUUUUGUGUCUUUUCUCACCCCAAAGAUACAAAUCCGGUAUUAACUUACAGUUUAAUACCUGUGUUGUUUCAGAAUUAAUUCAGUUAGCAGUCCCAUCAGGGGGGUAUGGUAUUCUUUGUUAUUCAGUAGACAAUCCCCAGGUUCCUUGUCGGUGGGUUCUCUGGGUGAAACUGUCUUCCUGCAUGUUUUAGGUUUGGUACAUGUUUUUUGUGAUCACUGCCGCUUGGAAAAAAAAAAACGAAUUACUAAUUACUAUUCACUUAACCAUAAAUUUAUUUUUCCAUAGUCCAAGAGGCACGAUAGAUAUGUCAGCUUGGUGCAUAUGCACAUUAACAAGUAUGCAAGUUGAGGGCCAGCUGGUUUCCAAUAGACCAUAUGUAAUUUCUUGCUAAGGAAAUAUUGUUUUAGAUACAGAGCAUAUACCUUGUGCGUGCGUGCGUUUGUUCACUGUCUUUUUAUUAACGCACAUCCACAUCCCAGUCUCCAUACUUCCCCUCUGUGGCUAAGCGCCCUGUUUUACACUUUCUGAUUGCCCAUUCUGUUCAUUUUAAUUCUCUUGUUUCUGUGAUUAAAUAUAAUGUAUUUAUUUUUUGUUUUUAAUAAUUUCUUUAUCUUAGUUCACAUAGGAGUAAAAUAUAAACCAGCAUGUAAUAUGGCAUAAAGUCAUACAGCAAUGUUUUCAUUCAAUAUCAAAGGAGCAGAAUAUUAAACGAAGAUAUAAGGAUAUAUACUUGGUGACAGUAAUGAUGUGAAAUAUAUACCUGCCUAUGGCCACCUCCACAGGGUCCCCCUUUGGAGGUGAUGUUUUUGGAUAGUUAAGUCACUUUUAUUAUAAUUUUCAUAGAGCAGAUAUAUGGUAGGCAUUAGAAGUGUAUACAUCAAAGCACUAUCACUUUAAUUGUUUAGUUUUUACACUGCUUUUUUUUGCAUUGCGUUUAUCACAUGAAUUUUUUAUUAUAUAUACUCAUAAUGCUCUUACAACAGAGUAUUUAAAUACACUUUAGCUCAUUUAGCACUAGCACUAUUUAAUUUGUCUCCCAUGUUUGGAAUUAGUGUAGGACCCACUUAUACUGGGGUACUGUAAAGUAGUGGUGGGCUUAACACAAUAUGGCCAUAUGGUGGAACUGAAUCCCCAUAUUGGCUUGCUGAGAUAGGUGAAUUUAAGUAGCCCUAUAAAAUGUUAAAAUGUAUUUUAAUGUGUGCACUAUUCCUUAAUCUGUAUUAUGUCUUCAUGCAAAGCAUGAGGACGUCUAACAUCGUUCCACAGAGUAAAGGUGGAGUAAACCCUGCAAUGUAAUUAUUGGAGUUUCUGCAAAACUGUACUAUUUUACAUUGCAGGGUUAAACAGACCUGUUGAAGUGGUCUCGUACCCGUAGUGUCCCUUUAAGCAUUCACAAACCCUGUGUCAACCUUCUUACAUCUCUCAACCCAGUCUCUUUAUCCAUUUUACAAACCUCACUCUCUCUUUCAUCACCAGAAAUUCCAAACUCUAUAUCACUGAGACUUGCUUACUUGCUGGUGACAUAGAAAGAGUUUAACAGGAGUUUAAUGAGUUUAAUAGGAAGGGUAUGUGCCACAUUGCCACCUGCUGUCAUAAUAAUACUGAGCCAAUAGAAGCAGCAGUUGCAUUUGCUUAGAGCAAUGUUUCCCAAUCCAGUCCUUGUAGCCCACCAACAGUCCAGGAUUUAUAUGUUUCCUUUUCUUAUUCCAUUGGAGAUACUGACAAAACCUGAACUAUUAGUGGACCAUUAAGACUUGUUUGGGAACCACUAGCUUAGUGGAUGAAAUCAUCUUCAAGUUAACUUUCUGAUGUCUAGCCAUUCCGCAGUAGAUUUGCAUCGUUCCUAAGUCUUUACAAUCUCGUCACCCUGCACAACAUUCUAUUAUUAUUAUGUUAUUACUUAUAUAGUGCCAACAAAUUCCGCAGCGCUUUACAGUGGGUGGACAAACAAACAUAUAGUUGUAACCAGACAAGUUGGACACACAGGAACAAAGUUCAUGUCGGGGUAAACUUAUUUAAAAAAAAUAAUAAUACAUGUAUUUAUAUGCUCAAUGUGAAUUUUACAGAGUGUACCAAAAUAGUUGGGUUUGAGAAGUCAAUAACUUUUUUUUUUUUAAAUGAGCCAAUUUCAAUGAUAUUUUAUACAAUAAAUGCUUAUCGUAUGGAGAUUUGUUUUACUAGUUACGGAUGAUCUUUUAGAUGAGUGCAAUUUGCCGCUUUGCAAAGUCGGGGUUUUUAUAAUACAUAUCUUGGCUGUUAUAGCUUAAGCGCCUUGAAGUUGUGAAACUCCCUUUUUGCAAGUGACUUUUCUUUGAUGGAGUAAAAAUAAGCUUUAUUAGAGCAGUAUUUAGGCAGUCUUGACAAAGUCAAUAUAACCAUUAGUAGUAACUGUUCUAUCUAAUACCAACACUAGACCUAUAUAACUUGCAGACAUGCUCAACAAUAAGCUUCUGAAUGUGACCCGUGCUUUAGAAGAAAGCCUCAAAAUAAGCAACAGAAACCGCCAUAAUUAUACUAGUCACUAAUCUAAAUGAUGUACUUACAUCAGAUGGUGAAAACCAACUAAAUGGCUGUAGAAGCAGGUGGGAUGCUACAGGAAUGUGUUCUAAGAGCAAAUGGGGAUUUGAACUAAUGAUGUACCAUGUGCCAAAGCACCAUGGAGAGUGUUUAUAUUUAAAUAUGGUAACUAUUUGCUUCUAUAACUGCUAUCGAGAAGAGCACAAAAGACUGUCUGUUAACGAGGGGGCAGCUCAGUUUAUACUAAUUUCGGAGUUCUAUGUCUUGUCCAUUCUGCUGUUAAUGGAGGAACUAACACAUUGGUUAAACUUGCCAUCUCUAGAUCAGGAAAUUUCAGCAAAAUAGCCAAUGAUAACAUCAUGCAAUCCAGUUGCUCAUGAUACUGAAAAGAUUAUUUUGAAACUUGAUUGACAGCUCCAUUUUUUUUUGUUUUUAUCAUUCUGCUUACCUGCGGGUUUUUUUUUUUUUUUUCUUGUCGCGGAAGCUGUUUAUGUAACUGAGGGGGAAAAACUGACCUGAUUUUUUUCUUCUAGUACUUUGGUUUUAUUUUCAGUGAUACUUUAGGUCAAAUACAUACACAUACCUUAGACACUGACAAAAUGGAGCUCCUUGAAAAUAGGGAUAAUAGAAAAGAGCAAAAUAGGGAUUGUCUCUCCUAACUUCACUUUCAUGUUUAUAAGAUUGACAGAUUGUUGUGUAUUAAUACAUUUGCAUGUAAACCCACUGAUUGACUAGGUUUCUCUGGACUAAAUAUCCCAUGUUGCUUUGCCAUACGCAGUCAUAUGUAUACGCUGGCUAAGCAUCAUGGGUAUUGUAGUCCAUAACAACUACAAUGCAGGGGUUAGCCACCACUGUUCUCUGAGAUCGUGUGUUUCUGCAUAAUUCUGUAGCAUAUGAACACACAAUAACACUGACACACACAAACAGAGUUAAAGGAGCACUAUAGGGUCAGGAACACAAGCAUCUAUUCCUGACACUAUAGUGAAACCUCACCCUAAUUCCAGCACUGUGCGGGUCCGCCGGCACUGGCCCGCCCCCUUGGUGACAUCAUCACAAUUGCCUAUUUUUAGCCAAUCCAAUGCUUUCCCAUGGGGGGUGAGGCCAAACACCGUUUUGGCCAACCAGCACCUCCUCAUAGAGAUGCGUUGCAUCUCUGAGGAAAAUGAAGCAUCCCCAUGCAGUGCGUGGAGACGAUGAACAGCAGCGCUGCCUACUGUGCAGCACUGAGCCAGGUAGCACCUCCAGUGGCCAUCUGAUGAGUAGACACUUGGAGGCGUCCCUAGGGGCAAUGUAAACAAUGCCUUUUCUCUGAAAAGGCAGUGUUUAAAUUAAAAUGCCUGAAGGCACUGAUUAUACUCACCAGAACAAGUACAUUAAAGGGACACUAUAGUCACCCAGACCACUUCAGCUCAAUGAAGUGGUCUGGGUGCAAUGUCCCUCAGGUUUUAACCCUUCAGAUGCAAACAUAGCAGUUUCAAAGAAACUGCUAUGUUUACAUUUGGGGUUAAUCCAGCCUCUAGUGACUGUCUUCCGGACAGCCACUAGAGGCGCAUCUGCGACGCUGGAGGUAUAUUAUGCCUCCAUCGCGCAGAGCGUCCAUAGGAAAGCAUUGGAAAAUGCUUUCCUAUUGACAGCUUGAAUGCGCACGCGGCACUUGCUGCGCAUGCGCAUUUGGCUCAGCUGACGUUGGCGGGGGAGGAGAAGUCACCAGCGCCGUGGGAGCCCGGCGCUGGAAUAAGGUAACUGCUGAAGGGGUUUUAACCCUUUCAGCGCCACGGGAGGGGGACCCUGAGGGUGGGGGCACCCUCAUGGCACUAUAGUGUCAGGAAAACCGCUUUGUUUUCCUGACACUAUAGUGAUCCUUUAAGCUAUAUUUGUUCUGGUGACUAUAGUGUCCCUUUAAAAAAUUUUAAUAUUCUGUCUUCUCUCCUGCUUACCUCUUUUGCAGCAAAGAAGGGGAUCUAUCACAGUUUCUGGAUAUGAUCUUAUAACCGGGAACCGUAGUCUAUGGCAACCAUCAGCACCCCAGAUUCUGUGGACUACAACUUCCCUGAUGCUUUGCCUUCAUUAUGGCUGUAAGAGCAUUAUGGGAGAUGUAGUCCAAAAAAUCUGGAGUUCAAGGUUGACUAACCCUGAUCCAGAGAUUGUUUGGUGUCUUUAAAGGGAAACUGUGCACUAUAUCCAGUUCAUAGAGAUUAAAUGGUUAUAGUGAUUACAGUGUCCCUUGGCACUGUCCCUCCAUUCAGUAAUAAACCAUUUUUGAGCAGUUUAACACUAAAUAAGGGUUAAAAGAUUUGGCAGCUCUUUCUAAUAUUUAUGAUUAUGGUUAUAUAAUUAUUUUUUUUCUAUUAUUUUUUUAUUUUAUACAUUCCCUUAAUUGUUUAAGAUUCUUUAAAAAGUAAAUAUGAUGGGAUUAAAUAUUUGUAAGGUGUUUUAAAAACAGUUUAACCCAGGUUAUUCCGAAAAUUGGAGUGUGGGCCACUCUAUCAUUUUGCCCACUAAAUAUGUGAUAGUGUGUACAUAAAUAUGUGUGAAUUUGAUUACCCUUUAGUAAAGAAAAAUGACAAUUAUCUUAUCUUUUUUAUCCAGCUCAAAUUGCAAUAAUCUUUGGACAGGAAACCUUGAACUACAUCCUAAACCUGUGUCAGGGCUACUAUGAUUACUUGGAGCGCCUACCUGAUCCAUUACUAGUGUACAUCCUGAGCUUCCUGGAUCUAGAAGACAUUGCUCAUCUUGCACAGGUAUCACAUAAAUUUAAAAAGGUGAGCUUAAAUCUUUACUUAACAUAUUAGGAUCUUAGUGUCUUGAAUCAGACAGUGAAAAUAUUGUAUAUUAUUGUAUGCUUGUACUUUGGAAAAUUUGUGAUCACAGGCCAGGAAACACAGUAACAGUUGGGAUAUGUCUCUCCCCAACCAAAGACAUGUAGAUAUACCUAACUAUCCCUGAUCCUACCUCCUGUGGAGAUGUUUGAUAGUUUUCUUUUUCAGUGUUUUUUUUUUAUUUUGUAUUAUUAUUAUUUGCAUGAAAUGAUAUACCUAUAUAUGGUUUAGUUUUAUGCUUGUCUGUAUAAUGCAUUCGUUAAGCAUCGUUAAUACUUAAAGCCAGUUGAUCAUUAUGUCUACAAUACAAAUUGGCUUUUAUUGUCAACCCCUGUAUUUAAUGACGGCACCCCUUUUCCUUGUGCACUACCUCUUGGUUAGCAGGCUUACAAUUGGUUUUAAAUCAAAAACCCUCAGCCAUUGGGGGGCGUGGCCAACUACCUUGCUGAACAGAUGAAAAGUUCAGAAAAUCGGCUCCCACAAACAUCCAUACACAAGCUUCCCACCCAGAGACAACAAUGGGGCGAAAAAUGAAGAAAUUUCACCUCACGGAGCCGCUUAAAGUCCCUGAUAUUCGGCUCACGUUUGCACGACCCUCUUCAAUGGCUCCCGCCAAAAUGGCGCCAGAAGCACUCAGCGAGACCUCGAACGACUCCCAUAAGGACAGGGACCUUGCCUCGCCUCGCCUCCAGCAGACGAUGGGGCUCACUACCAAACCUCAGACUCAGAGGAAGACUCCUCUCCUGUAACUAAACGGGACAUAAGGGACCUGCUGGAAGAAAUGCGGGAGGUGUGGAGAGCUGACCUGCAGAGCACAAAAAAAGAGGUGGGUGAUCUCCAGCAGUGGCUUACAGUGGUGGAAUCCAGAGAGGAAGUGAGGAACCACCAGCUGCAGCACUCCAGUGACAUGGUACAAGCCCUUAGUUCUCAGGUCCAGUCACUCACACGAACAGUCACAACACUGGAAUCCCGACAUAGGCGGCGGAACAUCCGCAUCCGAGGCAUCCCAGAGAGCGUUGGGGGAGAAGCCUUGUUGCCCCACAUACACCACUUACUCACAGUAAAGGGGGGCACCGAGCCUGGCCUGAUACAGUCAGCAUUUAGGAUCCGCAAAGCCGCAACAGUGCCAGCGGAUACGCCAAGAGACACGGCAACCCGCUCCGCUAUCAUGUCCCUCUCCAGAACACUAGGCACAGUGCAAUUGAAUGGCAGCACUGUGGCCUUCUUUGGGGACCUCCCAUUCGCAGCGCUUGUGGAAAGGAGACAACCGGCGCCUAUAGCAAGAAGGCUACGGGAAGCGGAAAUCAGAUACCGGUGGGGUGCAGACAGCUCCCUGGCGGUACCACAGGGAGACCAGAUGCUUACCUUGUCCUCCAAGGACGACCAGGAAACAUUCCUCAGAAAACUGAACCUACAGGAUGCGGACAAAAGAGAGGCCAGCGGAGAUAACACCCAAGCACAGCGUCAGCCCAAGAGCACCAGGGGGCCAAGUAGAGACACCAACGCGCCGACUGUAACUAAGAGACAACCCUAAGCUUUACAGGGUGGCAACUCCACUCCACCUGAUGAACUCUCACAGUCCCUAGCAGCCAUACAGCAUGGUGCCCUGGGACACUCGAUCUAACAGAGGUCCACUGGAACCCCAUAUUACUCUAGCUCCUGCACACAGCGGCUUGCGCACACCCAUGAGUAACACAACAGCAACUGUUUAAUGCCCCUGCAACUAACGUUAUCAAAUGUCCCUGUUUACCCCUAGCAUCCACCAGAUAGUCAAAAACCUAAUAUUGCUAAUGCCAGUUGCUCGCCAGACAAUGUUGAUGCAAAAUUGCAAAACUGUCACUAUAUACAUGCACGAUUGAUAUUACUUACAUACGACAUUGUUACUAUUUACAUGCUAAGUCGUAUUUUGAGUAUUUAAACUCCAAUAAAAUACAAAUAAAAAAAAAAACCCUCAGCCAUUACCAAUACCUACUAUAUAACCUUAUUGGUGUUUCCCAAUUACCCUUUACAGCAAUGCCAAAAAUAAAUUCAGCCAACUGUUCAUUCAUUUAUAUUACUUUAAUAAAGCACUCCUUGUUUCAUAGCCAUUAUUACAGAGGACUGGACAGCUCUGAACAUGUAAUAAUUUACCUCUCUGGGUUAUUCACUAAAGUGCAAAUUCAAAGUGAUUGUUCAAAUUUUAGGCUAAAGUAGACAACUGAAAUCUUUGCUGACUGGUCCAAUGUGGGGAGCAUGGCCAGGACCAGCUGCAGCAAAAGCUCUGCCAUAUAAGCUAAAGCAUGGGUCAUCAACCUGGUCCCUACCGCCCAAGAGUGGGCGUUUCAGGAUUCCAGGUGGACGGUAGGGAUUUCCUCAUUUUGAGAGAUUGGGCGGGCGGGUGUGAGCUGUCCAAGGGGUCCAUCGGGUGGCCCAUGCUGUCAGGGCCACCCGAUGGCUGUGGAUUGUAAGGGGGCAAGCGCUGGGCACUUUAACAGCGCGACCGGGCCCCCUGUGAUUACAUCACAGAAGUGGGAGGAAGUGACUGCACGUCACUCCUCCCAGCUAACACACAGACCGCGCGGGAGGAAGGAGGAGGGAGUCAGAGUGGGAACUCCCAUCCACCUGAGCCACCACUGGACCCCAGGGAAUGUCACCCUCCUGCUCCUAAAAGGUAGGAAACAGAAGGGUGACUAAAAUAUUUUGUGUGUGUUUGUUUGUGUGUAUGUGUCUUUGUAUGUAUGUCUUGUGUGUGUCUUUGUAUGUAUGUCUUGUGUGUGUAUGUGUCUUCUUAUGUAUGUGUGUGUCUUUGUAUGUAUGUGUGUGUCUUUGUAUGUAUGUCUUGUGUGUGUGUCUGUCUGUAUAUAUGUGUGUAUGUGUCUUGUCAUUGUAAGUAUGUCUUGUGUGUGUAUGUGUCUUUGUAUGUAUGUGUGUCUUAUGUAUGUGUCUUUGUAUGUUUGUGUUUAUUAUGCAUGUGUCUUUGUAUGUAUGUCUUAUGUGUGUGUCUGUAUGUGUGUCUGUGUGUGUGUCUGUAUGUAUGUGUCUUGUGUGUGUGUGUGUGUGUCUUGUGUGCGUGUGUGUGUGUGUCCGUAUGUAUGUAUGUAUGUAUGUGUGCCUGUCUGUUAUAGUGGGCUAUAGUAAGUAAUAGUAAGUGGGCUACCUAGCUCAGCCAUCCUACUGGGCAUUGCUAUAAGGAAGGUUAAAAAAUAGAAAAAAGGAAAAAAAAAAGGGGGGGGGAGUGGAAUUGAGGAGGGAGAGGAGACCUUAGUUUGUUCCUUACGAAAAUCGAUCCAGAUAUAAAAUAUUUAGUCUCGCAGCAUCAUCCUCAAGGAUCUCAUUAAUCACUAGUAAAGGUAAUUUCAAUUUACUUUAUUGUUUUCUCAUUAAACUUUAUAAAGUUAAAAACAUUAUAAACAUGCAUUAAGUAGAAAUAAAAAAAUAAAUGUACGUACAUUUAUUUUUUUUAAAACACCCUCCUUUCUAAAAAAUAUUCCGCACUUGCGUGAAAACUGGUGGGCGGUAAGGAAAUUUUUCCAUCAAGAAAGAUGCAUUAGUGGGUGGUAGGUAGAAAAAGGUUGACUACCACUGAGCUAUAGUGAUUAAUGGCUUCUGGCCACAGCUUUCACCAGCAAAGCCCACCAAUAAAAAGGUGAAGAACGACCACUGCUGGUCAAUACGUUUGCAAGGUGGCUGCCUCGCAGAGACACUCAUGCUGGGCUCAGAUCUGGAGCCUGGUGCUAGAGUGGAGGUCUGUGGGGAUGGGGAGGAUGUAAGGAAGGGAAGAUGCUAAUUACCACUAGCAGGUACUUUACUUACCCGCAUGCACCACCACACUCAUCGAAAGGCUGCUGAAUGCGUGAGAUAGUGUUGGUGAGGUUCUGCAUGCAGUCUUGCACUGCAGAUUCCUUGCGGAUCGUAACCAGAAGCUCCACCCCUGUAAAAAAAUGAUAAUUCCUGCAUGGAAUCCUGUCACAUAGUAGACCGUAAGCGAGUAGACUAACUGUAUUAGUAACAACUGGUUAAUUGGGGUCCUCUGGGUGGCCUUGCGCCUUACACAUGCCUCGUUGUACCCUCAUAAUGGUGGCCCUGGUCACUGUAAUAAAAAAAACUAGCCACUGGGCAACUAUUUUAGUCCAGUUUCUAUAAAGAUAUGGGAGGACCUUACAAGCUACAAGUCCAAGCACUAUGACUAUGACUGAAAAUGCAUUGGCUUUUCUCAACAUGCAAGCUCACUCUCCACAGAUACUUUCAAGCAUUCACAAGGUUAGGUUUAUAGUGUUGCUUUUUUUCCCCUUUAUAACAGUAGCAUCAAGAAUUACGGUCCUUUAUUUGGUCUUUUUUGAGGUUGAAUUUUUCCAAUGUGGCUAUUUUUGCCCUAAAUGUGAAUUCACUUCGCAUUUUCAUUUUAUUGAAUAACCCUCACUGUAUCUGUUACAUUGAAUUUAUAAUAACCUACAUGAUAUUUACUUACUUCUACUUGAGGUUUGACUGGGUGUCAUCAUUAAAUUGAAAUAAUUCACACUACACUUGGCAAGUAAUCCCUUUCCAAAUUUUGAAAAUAAUGCUUUGUUUUUUUAUAUGAAUAAAAUACAACUGUGAAAUUACAGUGCUGCAGAAUAUAUUGGGGCUUUAUAAAUAAUAAUAACACAAAGAUGGUCAAAUACAAUCUCUGUAAUUAUCCUACUGGCCAGAAGGGGGGGCUGAUUCCUUGAAGUUCUCGUUAUAAGGACAAUGCAUAGAGCAAAGGAAAUGACUCAAAGUACCAGUAACUUUUAUAACUUUAAAAUGUGUGAACUCCUAACUAGAUUAGAUCUCAGAAUAGGGUCUUUUUAGGUGAAAUGGUUUAACAUUGAGUGCUGCUUUAACACCUUUAUUUCUAAUCUUGGAGUCACAUGAGUUUGUAAAUCCUACAAUCCCACAAGAUUUUCAGAUGUGAGGUUUGAAAUGUUUUUCAGUUUAAUAUGGUCCACAAGGCUUUUGCCUGAAAAUCAAUUUUUGCAUCUGUGUUCGGUUAACAGAAUUAAAUUGAGGUCUAGGUUUUAUAACACAAUACAAUCAAUAAUAAUAAACUUUUUUGGGACGAUUAUCUUUUUUUUUUUUCCUUUCUUUCUUUCCUUCUUUCUUUCUUUCUUUCUUUCUUCUAUAAAAGCCAAUUUCUGUAUCACUUAUUUGCCCUAUCAUGGUUUCCAUUACAUUUUGGUUAUCCGAGAGGGCAUUCCUGUAUUUGAUAUUCUGUUUUUUUAUAUUGGCUUGUCCUGACUAUUCUUACUUCUGGCUUCCUGACCCUAUGGCUUUUGCAUAGGCGUGCGCACGGGGUGUGCCGGGUGUGCCUAGGCACACCCUAAUCCCCGCGGCACGCCCUAUGUGCCUCCCUCCGUGGGCAAAGAUCUCCCUCACCAACCCACAGGCAGGGAGGGAGGAAGGAGAGGACCUGGGGCCGGGUUCCUCUUUCGCGGUCGGAGCGUUGCCGCUGCUCAGAUCUCGCGAGAGUGAACUCUAGCCCCACAGAGGGCUAGGGUUCACUCUCCACUGGACCACCAGCGAAGGCAGGAGCACGGUCCCCCCUCCCUACAUAAGGUAAGACGGGAUGGGGGAUAUUAACUAAACGGCCCCCACACUCCCACACAUUACACACAAACAUACAGCACACACACAGCACACACACACUAACAGCACCCUCACACUAACAACACCCUUACACACACAGCACCCUCACACAUACACACACUAACAGCACCCUUACACACAGCACCCUCACACACACAGCACACACUAACAGCACCCUUACACACACAGCACCCUUACACAUACACACACUAACAGCACCCUUACACACACAGCACCCUCACACACACAGCACACACUAAUAGCACCCUUACACACACAGCACAUCAUGUAAACGGCUACGUCAUCACGCAACGUAACCGGCAGACGCCGAAUGAUGACGAAAGUGGAAGAUACAGAGGACGCCGGAAAAAGGUUCGCUAAGAUUUGAAGAUAUAAAAAGAAAAACAUUGGAGAUGAAGAAACAGACCACUUGAGAAAGGCUGUGAGUGCCGAAACGCGUCGUGGUAUAUAUUAAGGACACUUUAACCUGUACUUACUACUAGUUUUAUUUCUAUGUAGUAUUUUAAUAAUAAAAUUAGUUUGGAUUUGAUCCUGCAUCCUGGAGUGAUUUUAGAAAGUAUUCCCAGCGUGGAUCCACCAAGAUUGGUACAGGACGUCCAGAAUUUAGAUUUCUCAUCUCCAUACAAGCCCUAAGUCUGAGUCAGCUUUUAAAGUGACUCAGCAAUAUGUGAGUUUAACCAGUCACAUAUAAACAUUUGCACAUAUUCUAAACAAUAUUACCCUAUGUUUUUGUGUUUUAUGUUUUUAUUUUUUUAGACAUUUCAACUAAACAAAGUUCUGGUUUGUUUUCAACUAAACAAAGUUCUGGUAAAAUAUUAUAUUUGCAUGUUUUGAGUGCUCUCACCACAAUCCUAUUUUUUUUUGCACUUUAUUGAUAUUUGGUGUGUUGGAGUGGUUCACACUAGGUGAUAGUAGCACCAAAAGUAUACUGUGUUUUCCCCAAAAAACUUUUAUUUGUAUAUAUAUAUACACGCAGCGUUUGUGUUUCUGCUUUAGGGUGCACACCCUUAUACAAUAGGCUGCGCACGUCUAUGGGCUUUUGACUUAUGUUUUUGCUCCUUUCUGUAUUCCUGACCUUGGCUAGUUACUGGUUAUUCUUUUUACGUUAAUUCUGGCCAUUCUAAGGCUCAGUAAUACGUUUUUUUCCUAAAGUUUUAUAUUUUACCCUGUUUGACUUAGUUCUAUGUGUUGGGCCACUAUAUUGUCCUGACACCGACGAACCUGAUUAACCGGUUGGCAGCUCAAGGAACUAAGAUGUGGGUGGAUCGGAAGCACAUUUAUCAACUUACCAUACAUUUUGGGGCCUCUUACACAGCUCAAGGCCUGGGCCCACUCGCAGGGGGACUGCCCGGGUUGUGAGGCAGUCCCCCAAACUUGAAAAUAAAGUUAGUAGAGUUAGAAGAAAAAAAAUAAUAGAUAUAUAUAUGUAAACUUUUUACAAAAUUAAGUGAUUUUAAUAAUUACAAUUCGAGGCACCUAAUUUGCUAAUUCUAUAUUUACCCUGUAAUUUUACAAAAUACCGUAAAGACUGUACAUGGGAGGGGGGGCUCUUUUACUCGGGAGACUAAUGAGUGUAUGAGUGUUUCAAAACAGUAAAACGUAUCAUGACAAUGAUACCAUCAGUGAAAGUGCAAUUUUUUUAAAAUGAAAAUAGCAAAAAAUAAAUAUGAACGCCAGGGUUUGUGACUUGAAUUUGAACGUUUUUGGCGUGCUGUGACACCAUCCGAGCCAUGACAGUGACUUGUAUGCGAUGCAUCAUAAAAGGGAGCUACAUCAGCUGGCGUUGAAAUCACUCAGGACAAGAGAGGGACCAUGGAAAAGGUUCCCCUCCACUGGCAGGACAUUCCUAGGCACCUUCCCUGUACGGGCAACAACCACAGGUACCCUGACAAUGUUGUUGACAAGUAUUCGUUUGCAUAGUAUUGUUGUGUGUAUUUUUUGUUUGUGGGAGGUGGAAAAGAGACUGCAACUGCUUAAGGCUUCCUUAUAUCACUCAUGAGACCUCCCUUUUUACUUAAUUUUCAUAAAGAUGAGUCAUUGUAUUGGGAUAGAAUGUGAGGGAACAGAUACCUCACAUAUAAUGUAUGCAGGGGGAGAAGGGGGAGGGUUAAGAUUGCCUCCUAGUGAUAUGUCAUGAGAAAGACAAAUCAUAUGUUAAAAGAGUUGGUGAUAGUCUUCUCGUUGCUUUUUUUAAAUUUAUUUAUUUUCUCCUUGCUUUUAAAGCUAGAAUAUUUCAACAAGAAGAUGUAAAUAUCAGUGGAAAUACCUUUGUAAAAAAAAAGUUUAUUUUUUGGUGAGCAUUCAAUAUUUAUUCAUAUUAAAAGGUAACAACAUCAGGUAGCUUAAAUAUGGCUUUAUUACAGUCUACUUAUAUCCUCCCAGUGAUAGUGUAUCAUUUUUCCUAUAGAAAACUCAUGGUUUAACUUAUGCUUUCUAAGGGGCACACAUUUAGAAUGAAAGCUGCUGUUACCCCCUAUAUGUUCUUUGGUUGCAACGUUGGGGAGUCACUAUAUCAAAUGAUCUGUCAGCAAUAGACCAAGUAACGCAAUGUGCUCUGCAUUGCUUGCCAGGCAUAGUCUGUGCACUUUGUAUGACCAUGAGGGAGCAAUGGAAAAUAUGUGCAUGGCAGAAGCACAAUUCUCUGCUGCGUAGGCAAGAUCUUUCGAUCACUUUGAUGCACAUUGAUGGAGUAAAUUCUAUGUCUGUUUAUUCAUUAAAGAUUAUUUUACUAGUUAGCCUUAAUUCGUACUAGAAUCUGAUUUGGGAUUAAUAUGAACUUUUGCAUUGAGGCGAUGCAUCGCAGAAAAAAAAGAUUUGUAUUUUAUAGCUAUGAAAGCAGUAUGAACUUUUCUGCAUUAUUUUUAGUAAAGAGUGGCUUAAAGGCACACUCAAUUUAGAAAAAAAAACAAUUGGAACAUAAUAUCCAAACAGGAAACAAAAUACAAGUAGUAUUAUUUUAAAUUGUUUUCUUUGGGGGUAUAUCUGCAGCAUAUGCAAGUCCUCACCUUCUUCCCCAGCUCAGACUUUCUCAUAGGUGCCAAGCAUUGACCAGCCAGAGGAUGCUAAUGAGAAGUCUUGCAGACUAGUUUGUCAUGUGUGCAGCUGUCCAGUCACAAACUUUUCAGUGAGCUGUUUCACAGAGGAAAAACCUUCAUACAUAAAGCACUUCAGAAAGCUUGGAGUGAUUUCUAUGUUUGGAGUGUUCCAUUUAUCAUAUUACAAAGUGUCUGGAAUGGUCUGGACUGGUCAUCAGGUAUAUCCAUCUUGCAACACAGUGACAAGUUACUAGUACCAGAAAGUGUUUUGCUUGAAGAAAACUGGGAUAUCUCACCACACUUGUGUUACUUAAAGGAACACAAUAGGGUCAGGAAUACAAACGUUUAGAAAAUUUACCAUUGCCGUGUGGGUCCGUCGGCGCUGGCUCUGCUCACGAUCCGCCUCCUUGGCUGACAUCAUCCAAAUUGAUUAUUUCAGCCAAUUACACUGUUUUCCCAUUGUCAAUUAUGAUGAUCUCAGCCAAGGAGGCAGGUCGAGGGUGGAGCCAAACGCCACCUGGCCAAUCAGCAUCUCUAUGAGGAAAGUUCAGCGCCUACGUGCAGAGUGUGCAACACUGGCCCAGGAAGCACCUCUAGUGGUCGUCUGAGGAGUAGCGGUGUUUACAGCAAAAGGGCUGCAGAUACUCACUAUCCUCAUCAGGACAACUACAAUAAGCUUUAGUUAUUCUGGUACUAGUAUCCCUUGAAAGUGGCUCUGUCACCUCAUUUCUGAUUUCUUUGUCUUAUAUAUUUCUCCUACACUUGACAAUUGUGACUCCACUUCUUUGUCAAGCUAACAUAGGGUGAAGCUUACUUUAAGCUCCACCCUUUGUCAAGAUUGCCAAGUGUAAGAGCAAUACAUAAGACAAAGUAGUCCCUCCUUUCAGUGGCCUACCUAUAGCAUUUGGCACCCGUCCCCAACUUUAAAAUGUAAAAAACACCUGCAAUUUAAAAAAAAUAUGUUUUCCCCCUCCAUAGCUCCUCCAUGUGUCUCAUUCCCCAUUCAUAGCCUCUCCAUGUGUCCCAUUUCCAUUCUUCCCAGCCCCUCCAUGUGUCCCAUCCUGCCUCCCUAGCCUGUCAUGUGUCCCAUUUCUUCCUGUCACGGGUGGCGGUCCAAAGACCGGGACCCCUGUAUGCCUGAUGAUGGUUGGAGUCACAGCGUGGAAAUGGACUAUCAGGGACUGGUGCAGGGUAACCACACGCCCCCUGGUGCUGAGCACCAGCGUUUGUGCGGCCACAUAACAGGGCCCUGAUGCAGCUUCUGCGGAUCCCAGGUGCUAGAUGAUAUGCAGAUAUGUAUCCAGUACAGAAACAAGGCAAGACUAGAACAGGCACCAAACAAGAUAACAAGACAAGACUAAAAGAACCCAGAACCGGAGCAGGACAGAAAGCAGAACCCAGAACAUAUACAUAAUACAUGAGGGAAACAUUAACAGAACAUGGGCAGGAAAGGACAGGACUGUACAUGAACUAGGAAUACAAGACAAAAUAAAACAAGACAAGAGAUACACGGCAGAAAAAGAGGAGACAUAACAAAGUACUGUAUAUGUAAAACAUUGGAGAUUUAGACAUACAUAAAUGGUCAAUAUGUAUGCAGCCCACCACUGCGCCAAAGUACUCCAAUUACGGUGGGUCCUAACUGCCUAGCUAUGCAUGACUAAAUAAACAAUAAAACACACACAGUACGUACCUGCAAAGAAAGGAGCAGAGGUAAUGAGACAACUGUUUGCAGGAACAGACUGAAGCAAAAAGGAUUAAAUGGCAAAGGAAUGGGUGUGGCAACAAAAAACAAACAUUUAAAAGAAUCCAGGAGCCUGAAAAUUCCAGGUUUCCAGCAUAAAGAACACAAGUGCAAAUAUCUGAACGAGCAGAAUUUCAAGCAGAAACACUACACAUUCAGACUCCUACCACCAUGACCACUUCAAAUAAUUUGUCUAGUACUAUCCUCCUUGGCUACAGAAGACAAAGAUACCAGGCUGGUUAAGGAGAUCCAGCUACCUCCCUAGCUGGACCAUGGCUGCAGAGCUGUGGGCGGGCCCAUAACUGUCUCGAGCCUUUAGUCGGUGAUUAAUGUCACGGACAACUCGCGCUUGCAGGACUUUUUGCAGGAAGCUCCCUUCCUAUGGAAUAGCCGGUCUACCCCCAUCAGACUCUCCCCUAAUCUUCAAUCCUUUAAUAAGUGCCUUAAAACCCAUAUCUUUAGGAAAGCUUAUGGCCUCCCAGAGUAACCUCUACCUUACACACCUGUCUCUUGCUCUCUCCUAUAGGGCAGCACUUUACUGUCUCCUCCAGCUCUGCUGCACUCCCACCUUAUUUGAUUGCUAUUUCCUGUCCUAAUGUGUUUUAUACUCCACCUCCUAUAGAAUGUAAGCUCGUUUGAGCAGGGUCCUCUUCAACCUAUUGUUCCUGUAAGUUUUCUUGUAAUUGGCCUAUUUAUAGUUAAAUCCCCCCUCUCAUAAUAUUGUAAAGCGCUACAGAAUCUGUUGGCGCUAUAUAAAUGGCAAUAAUAACAGUAAUGUGCCCCGAUUGGGUAUUUAUCUCUCUUUGUUUGCCUAUUGGAGAUGAAAAGAAAAAUAUAACCAGUUGUGACCACAUUUCCCAACCAAGUGCCCUGUUUCCAUUCAUCUCCGUUGAAUACUUUUUGUGAUAAUUAAACUUGUGCUCUGAAGAAAAAAAAUUUGCCAGUCCAUUUUUUACAAAAAUAAACUUUAGUUCAGGAUCUCCAACACUCGUUCAUUUGACGGUUUGGCUCAUCCUUAAAAAAUAGUCUGACACCAAUUCAGCUAAACAAAAAAUGAUGCACAUAUUGUCCAAUAAAUAUUAUGAUGCGUUUUCCAGCCAUUUGGUUCACAUAUAAAGUGGGAAAAAGUAACCAAUAGAGAAAAUAUAAUGUAUAUUUAUAUAUUAUGUUUAUUAAAUAUAUAAAUAUAGUUUUUUUUGUUAACUGCUUCUCCCCCCCACACCCUCUAUUGGUCACUUCUCACUUGUAUUUAAAAAAACAACAACAUUUAGAGGCUGUUCUCAGCCAUCAAUCAUCUAUGCCCCAUCAAGCAUCUCUCUUUUUUGUGUAACCGGCAGAACUCUGAUUCACGAACAAAACAAACAUUCUCUUUCAUAUGGCUCUUUUGAGAAACAUAAUUCAGCUAAACCACCAAUCUUAAAUUUGGACAAAUUGUAAUUUGGCCUAACCUAGACCGAAGGCACUUUUUUGACGCAUUUGUGCUGAGACCCUGAGAUACCUGGAACAGUCAGAAGGUGAUUAAUAGAAGUUGUGUUCCUGCAGAAUUUCUGGAGCAGAAUGUCUGUUCUUUCUCAGAGUGGCAUUAGGUUGCAUUCUAGACAUACUGGAGAUUGGCUGAAAGAGAUUAUCAUACAUACAGUGGUAGGAUCUGAAAACCGAUCAGCCCAGAGUCUUACCUCUAUAGUUUCAGGAUACCCGAGAAUAACCGUAACUGUAUACCUAGUUUCUGACCUGCACUGCAAACGCAACUACAAUCUGGGAAAGAAAUUCUUAGACAUUUUGUUAAUGAAGGUUAAAGGUACACUAUAGGCACCCAGACCACUUCAACUCAUUGAAGUGAUCUGGAUGCAGUGUCCCAUGUCACUUAACCCUGCAGUGGUAAUUAGAAAUUUAGAAUGUGACGGCAGAUAAGAACCGUUUGGCUCAUCUAGUCUGCCGAAUUUUCGUAAUACUUUUAUUAGUGCCUUAUCUUAAAGCGGCACUGUCAUGGCCGCAUCCAUUUUUUUUUAACCCCUCUCCCGAACCCUCUACAUUUAAUUGCCCCCCUAGUCACCCUUAAAUGCCCCUAGUCCCCAAUAUUACCUAUUUUUUCAUCUUUAUUUUAUGCUCGGACCUAAGUCCUGGGCACUGCCAUCUUUGUGUGGUCAGAUGAAGUCCCUGUGGAUACGUCAUCUGCCCACACUAGAUAGCUCUAGGAAAUUCCCACGCAUGCCCAGUUAAACACUUGGGCAUUCGCUAUUGUCCAAAAUUCGGAAGGGAAGUUUGUCUAUUCAUUCAUUUGUCAGAAAGACGUCUACUUUCUGACGAGUGUCUACUAAACAGUGAGCAGCUUACGGCUGCUCACUGUUGGAAAAAAUAAUUUUAAAAUUCCUUCUAAUAAAUGGCUCCAUGGUGGGGCAUCUAUUAAAUAGCGUGGGGGACAUAGUGUGCCCCGACCAAUGCCCUGCGAGUGGCGGCUAUUCAACUAAAUAAGGGACAUAGGUGUGUAGGGCCAUAACAGACAAUGGGCCCCCAACAGUUUACUGGACAUGCCCCUACUUGCGAUAUAGCGAGUAGGAGCAGAUUAAUUACUAAUACUAAGUACCUUUUACUAAGUAUUUGUAAAAAGGCAAACACUGCCUUUUCAGAGAAAAAUAUUAUCAUACAAAUCUUAAAGGUAGGCAGACAAUGUAAUAGAGCAGCAGGAAAUGCUAGUAGAAUGCUUGGUUGUAUAGGGAGAGGUAUUAGCAGUAGAAAGAGGGAAGUGCUCAUGCUAUUGAACAGAACACUGGUGAGACCUCACUUGGAGUAUUGUACACAGUACUGGAGACCGUAUCUUCAGAAGGAUAUUGAUACCUUAGAGAGGGUUCAGAGAAGGGCUACUAAACUGGUUCAUGGAUUGCGGGAUAAAACUUACCAGGAAAGGUUAAAGGAUCUUAACAUGUAUAGCUUGGAGGAAAGACGAGACAGGGGGGAUAUGAUAGAAACAUUUUAAUAUAUAAAGGGAAUCAACACAGUAAAGGAGGAGACUAUAUUUAAAAGAAGAAAAACUACCACAACAUGAGGACAUAGUCUUAAAUUUGAGGAACAAAGGUUCAAAAAUAAUAUCAGGAAGUAUUACUUUACUGAGAGGGUAGUGGAUGCAUGGAAUAGCCUUCCAGCUGAAGUGGUAGAGGUUAACACAGUAAAGGAGUUUAAGCAUGCGUGGGAUAGGCAUAAGGCUAUCCUAACUAUAAGAUAAGACUAGGGACUAAUGAAAGUAUUUAGAAAAUUGGGCAGACUAGAUGGGUCGAAUGGUUCUUAUCUGCCGUCACAUUCUAUGUUUCUAUGUUUCUACACACAGUGGUAGGAUCUAAAAACCUAUAAGCCCAGAGUCUUACCUCUAUAGUUUCAGGAUACACUAGAAUAACCGUAACUGUAUACCUAGUUUCUGACCUGCACUGCAAACGCAACCACAAUCUGGGAAAGCAACUCUUAGACGUAUUGUUAAUGAAGGUUAAAGGUGCACUAUAGCCACCCAGACCACUUCAACUCAUUGAAGUGUUUACAUCAAGGCAGUGUUUACAUUGCCCCCUAGGGACACCUUCAAGAGGCCACUAGAUGUGAUUCCUGGGGCAGUGCUGCCAUUCAUCGUCUCCACGCUCUGCAUGGGGACACUGAAUUUUCCUCAUAGAAAAGCAUUGAUUCAAUGCAUCUCCAUGAGGAGGUGCUGAUUGGCUAAAACAGCAUUUGGCACCACCCUUGUCCCGUCUCCUUGACGAUUUUAGCCAUUUUUCUAAAAAUCUGCAAUUCUGAUCAUGUCGCCAAGGAGGCGGAUCAUGGACAGGCAGACCUGCGCAGCGCUGGAAAUGGGGUGAGUUUUCACAUUUUCUAAAGGGGGUUAAUGGGGAGGGCAAGCCACCUAAAUUGUGGCUUUAACACUAUAGGGUCAGGCAUAUAUGUUUGUGUUCCUGACCCUAUAGUGUUCCUUUAAGUCUAGGAUGGCCUUAUGCCUAUCCCACGCAUGCUUAAACUCCUUAACUGUGUUAACCUCUACCACUUCAGCUGUAAGGCUAUUCCAUGCGUCCAGUGCGUUCUCUUGCGCUUCCCUCCUGCUGUGUCACUCGAUUCUUGCGCCCCCAUCCCCCCAGGCUGAUGCACCCUAGACGACUGCCUUAGUCGCCUGUAAAACGUGCUGGCCCUGUGUGGAGGCCAUUGAUGGUAGAUCGAGUGCUAGUGAGCAGCACUGUAAGUGCUCCCUAGCACCUGGGAACAUGGCCGGCAGCAUGCUAGAAAUAAAUGAGGAGCGGCCGUGGCACAAACUUGAUAGAUCACAAACGAUCAUAAAGCCACAGGGCCAUUGCCCCCCUUUAAGUAGCGCCCUAGGCGGCCACCUAAUUGUCCUAUAGGAAGCACUGGCCCUGCAUGGGUUGAGGGUACAUCUCACUGUAGCAGCCAGCCAAUGACUGAGCUUGCCACUACACAGUGUUCGAUAUGCCACAAGAAUGUGAAGAGAUGGUGGCAAUGGGCACCUUUUCCCUACAUAAGUAAACACAGUAUAACCACAAUAAUGUUUAUGAUGGAUAUGUGCAGACUAAAGAUGGAAAAAGGAAAAGGUCACAUGGCAUUAUUUUUCUUGUGACCACCUUCAUCCUACCUCACAAUAUUUAAACAGAGAUGAGAGGGGUAGAACCAGAAUAAAGGCUGACAGUGAUGCAGCUAGAAUAUAGCAUAGAAUUCAAAGCUGCCUACAUGACAAGCAUUGCUAAGGCACUUGGGGGAAAAAUGGCCUAGAAUCGUCUUGCACAUCACUGGAGGCCUCCUCUCAGUAUGACAAAUUCAAUAAUAGAUAGUUAACAAGAGUCUUAUAGCUCUAUGCUUCUCCAACUUCAUUAGUCUGUUUGUGCCAAUUAUUAUAAAAGAGAAUAUAUCUUUGUAAACAUUUAUUAUAAUUGAUAAGCCGUCUGAUGAUUGUUAUGCCAAAGAAAAUUGUAAUGGAACAAUUUGAAAUGGACCUUCCCGUUCACUGUUUAUUUUUGUUUCCCUGAAACUGAUUCUUAUCAUACACUGUAUCAUAAUCAUCAAAACCAAUGUCACCAUCAACCAGUUCUAUUCUUCCUGACAACGUCUGUUCAUGUUCUUUCCAUCAGUAGCCUACCACUUUGUAGUGCUGCCAUUUUCUUGUCCUGCCUCUCAGCCAAUGAAUGGUGGCUUACUCGAGAACAACUCAAUGUCACAUCAUAUAAAGUUUACUACAUGUGAGGUAGCGCACUCAGAACACAUGAUGAUUGUUUCCUUACCUUUUAAAGUUCAGUGUCUGUCCUGGUGACAAUAUCCUGGUCAUCACCUGCAAUAGAGGAGGUACAUGAAGUACUGUGAGAUAAACCAGUACAUGUCUAGUUUAACUCAAUGCAGUCUUCAAGUCAUAUGAAGAUCCAUGCAAUGGUUCAAACUCCCAGGAGCUUGUGUAGUUAUCCUCCAGUUCAAUCCAAAACCCAACAAUGUGGGGACCAUAGGGUGACUUUGGUAUACGAUCUUUUCAGGCUUUUUAGAGGAAGUGUUGACUCUUUCACAUUUUUUUACAAUAUGUCUUUAUAAAUAAACUUUGCUCUUCAUUUUGUUUAUCAAACAGAUCUCUAAUUCAGAUAAUUUGUGGGAACACAUUGUGGAGCAAUCGUGUGACAGAGUUACACCAGAGAUGAGGGCUCUUGCGCUGGAUAUAGGAUGGAAACAACUCUUCUUCACCAACAAACUACAACUGCAAUUACAACUCCGGAGGAUGAAGAAAAGACAGGAAGAGAAUCAAGAUCUUGUGGACUAAUUUGAUCCACUGUUGCCAAAGAUGCCUAUGAAGAAAGAUAGUGUGUCCUACUAUAUAUAACUUACACAAUGUAACAACCCCAUAUAGUCUUCUACUAUAAUCAUUCCCCACUACUCAAAUGCCAUUUUGUUUCUCUAAAAACUAAGGAUAUGGACUAUAUAUGACUGAAAAUGGAACUGGAUUUUUUAAUUGAUUUCCAGUUUUUAUUUUUUUAUUUUCUUUGCUGUAUUUUUAAUGUUUUUCUAAGCAUACAACUUAUACUGCUAGCCUUUUUCUGUACUGACCUGUAAUACCUAAGCUAAUGCACGUUGUGCCUUAAACUCCAAUGACAUUAAGCUCUUGGAUAGAGAUUUAUAUAUAUGUGGGUACUAUGCUUUCUGUCUAUAAUGUAACAGAUGAUCACUGUGCCCACUAAAAAGUCAAAAGCCAAAAUUGUAUUGUUUACCAUUGUUUAUAUUUUUAUAUUUGUUUAAUGUUACUGCUUCUCAUGGGACACAUGAUGAUGCUAUGUGUGCCAUGUCUGAACACAGCAAACAGGAUGAAUGUUGUUUCCCUGUUACGUGUUUAGUACAUUCUCUCAUCCUGUUCGCUAAUUGAGGGUGAUUGGAUUAGAAACACAAUUUGUUUUCUUAAAAUACAUUUUCUCAAUAAUUUUUAUUAAAGAUGGAAUAAAAGUUAUGUUUUAUUCGUUAACAGAUCCACAGUCUUUUCUUCUUGUUUACAAACCGUUAUGGUCACACAUUCUUUGUACUAAUUGCAUACAGUUAUG